AUGGGAGUCGGCGAGGUGGGAUGACAUGUAGCUGAAUGGCUUCCAAUAUAUCUGCAAAUUUGGAUUAUUUCAAACCGUUAUUUUACAAUCGCGAGUUCAGUUUUGUGAUAUAGGUACUUGUUUAAUAGAUAAAUCUUUAUAUAAUAUAUAUUAUUCUGUACUGUAAAAUACAUGCAAUUAUUUUUAUAAUUUAUUUAUUUACGGGUAAAAAACCAAAAACAUAAUUAUUUAUUGUGUACAUAUGAGUAAAAAAAAAAACCAAUUAAUAUUUAGUUUACUUAACUAAAUCAAUAUAAUAAACUUGAAAUAAAAAACAAGGAGAGGUUACAAAAUGUUCAUAGCAUAAAUAUUAAAAGAUUUAAUGGAACUAUAACUAAAAAAAGGGGGAUAAACUUUGCACAUAUGUGCAGCCACUGUUGUAGGUGGGAAGUUGGGGAGGUAGGAUACAGACGGAAAUUUAAUGUAUAUCUGUAAGCAACGAUAAACCAUUACUAACAAAAAAACGAUUCUGAGAGGAGUUUAGUUGAUGUUAUUUCUUUGUUAACAAUAUAUAUGUCAUAUUACAGUAAAAUUACUACAACAAUGUACGUUUCCAUGACAUCAAUGAUAGUUUAAAAAGGAUUAAACAAAUUAAACUUAAUAAUAACAAAAGAUCCAGGCUUUCCUCAUUAACUCGAAUAUUAAUGAGAAUUUCAUAAAAUCACCUUUUUCAAGUACCACUCAGAGAACAUUUCCUUUCAGAAAAAGUGCUAAACUUGAUAAUCGAAGUAAGCUUUCUAAUAGAAAAAGUGUUCACAUAAAACAAAUCAUUGUAAAACCAAACUCGCUCCGCUCAGAAUCUAAAAAAUCAAUUUGUACAUCAUUAGUAACGGAUAUAAUUCUGUUGAAUUAUAUUAAAAAUGUCUUGAAUAGAACGAGUGACAUAUGGAGAAGUAUACCAGAGGAUAGAAGAAAAAAUAUUAAAUAUGGCGUUAACCGUAGAGAGAAGAAACUAGUGGAUAGGACAUCUUUUAAGAAACGAUGCAUGGAUAGCGAUUAUAAUAAUUGAAGGAAAACUCGGAGGGAAGUCAGGAAGAUGAAGAUCAUAUAAAACAAAUUCACAAAAAAAACAUAUAAAUGAGAACUGAAGGAAAUUAUUUUGGAUAAAGAAGAUUGGAGUAACAUCACAUUAUUUAACCAACUUACAGAUUGAAACAAAAUAUUCUAUUGAUUGGAGCAGCUAUAAAGCUAAAAACGUUAAAACUAAAGCUUCUCCGUGUCUGUUCAAAUAGAAUGUAAUUGAUGACCUAUAUGUCUUGGUUUUAUUUUAUAUGGAGGAACAAGGAAAUUUAAAAAAAAAUUUAGCACAGAUCACAUAUCUAUUCAAAAGUUUAAACAAAAAAUUUAGAUCGUUAUUAGAUUUCAGAUUUAUGUUGUAAAUUUCUAUUAUUUAUUAUUUAAGACAAUGGAAACAUGGAAAUAGAUUUUAUACACACAGCGUCAUAUUUUUCGCAAUAUAAUAAAAACGUCUCGAAAAUUUUCGACUGACCACCAAAUAAAAAAAAAAAAUCGAUACCAUCUACACCGCUAUCGUCUGUAUAGUACAUUACAUAUCGCUAUCUACAAAACUGCAAUUGUUAUAAAAACUAAAAAACCUAUAGGGCAGUAUUUCCGCGAUCUCGGCACGCACUAUCAUCGCCUCGCACUUCGCUAUAACUUUGCUGUCGCCGCAAUGUUUUAUUAUUUUAUACAGUAUCCGAAAGUGACAAAUAUUUCACAUUUGAAAAAUGGUUUUCAAACGGAACUGAGAAUUUAAAUUUAAACGCUCUUCGUGCCGUUUACUUGAGUUUUACGAAAUUUGAAAAAUGACACUUCUAAAGUAUCAUAUGUGUUUGUGUACGUGUGUGUGUUUGUGCGUGUGUUCAACUUUCUGUCUAUAGACGUCACUAUAUAAAUAUAAAAAUUAUUUCGGUGAAUAUAUUUUACGGUGUGAAAAGUAUUUUCUGAGAAAAACAUCACGUCACAUCAAUACAAUAUAUCAUAUUGUAAAAUUAAUCGCUCAGAAGUUGAAACUGCAGAAGUGUAUAGUCGUAGCUGUACAGUAAAUAUGCAAACAAAUACGUUUUGGGAAUUUGAGUUAUUUUUUGUUUUUUUGUUUUUUUUUUUGUUUAUUCCGCUCGACUCUUCUGAUCUUAUCUGUGUGCACAAACGUCAUAAAUUGUUAUCGUUGCUGUAGAGGCACAUAUACGCGUUUGUUUAUAAUAUUAAUAAUAUCGAUACGUACAAUUAAUCCCUUAUUGUAAACCGAAAAUCGAAUUAUUAUAAUUAAUUGUCGAACAAACUAUUAUAUAGAUAACAGUAACGGCAAUGGAAAAUAUUUGGUGUUUCAGGAUCGUAUUAAUUUUUUAAUUUUGAGCAAGAUUUUCCAUUUAUCCCACUAAACAAUUUUCUGUUUUCGUAUUAUACUCAGGUAUAAUUAAUUUUUGUUAUAAUUUCAAAUCGUGUGUAACAUUAAUUAUGUUUUUAAUGUUUAUAAACAAUAGCAAAUAAUAAAUAAAUAACAGAAUAUAAAAAACGUAUACAUAAAAAUAAAAAAUAAAUAAGUUAACGAAUGCGUCACCUGGAGUAUUAUGAUAAGUGUAUUAUACGACCGGUUUCGAGUUGAAAAUUUAUCAUCAGGUACCUAUAUCACGGUCAAAAUGUAAAACGCGACUGAACAUAAAAAAUCAAAUGAAGGAAUACAUAGAAAAAAAAUUGUACACAUUUUAUUUUAGCUCACGGAAUAUAAUCCCUAUAUGCACGUAAUAUGCAUAGGUAUUAUAGAUACCUAUUUUGAAACUAUAGGACUAAACCGAAUUAAACCAAUACGCAAAACUUAAAUUAACUUUUCGUAAAAAAAAAAAAAAAACGCAAUAUUCGUAUGUACUUUAAUGAAACAACACAAAUGCAACAAAAUACCGAAAUUAAACAGAAAAAAAAAAUGUCCAACUAUUUAAAUUAAUUGAUUGUGCACAGUAUUAUACGAUUAAAUUAUAUACUCCAUUGAUUAUAUUUUUCAAAUAGGAUUUGUCCAAUUAUAAUUACUUUUUUUUUUAUUAUUAUUGAACUCAAUGGGCAAAUAGUAGUUUUUCCCUAUAAAUCGACUGGUCUAAAAAUGUAUUAAAAACUCAACUACAAAACGAAAGUAACAAUAUUAUAAACUAAAAUUUUAUACGCCUAUGGGUAGGUAGAAUUUCUCAGAAAUAACGCAAAAAUAAUAAUAUUAUUAAUUUAUUACUUUUCGUUUACAUUGUUAUCUGUUAUUUGUUAAACAACAUUAAAUUUCUCGGUUGAUUUUUAUAGUAAAGAUUUCUAUUUUUUAUUUUUGUUUUUCAAUCGUUAUAUGGAAUUUGUCAACUUAAUUUUAACACCGUUUUCAAAUUUGUUCCCUAAUUUUUGAUUUUUAUUAAACAAUCCAGUCUCCUUUUAACACAUAUUCGAAAAAAUUAUUUUUUUUAAAAAAAAUGUUAAUAUUGAUGUUGCCACUCUAUUGGUAGCUACUAUCGGAAACAUCGUUUAUGAGCUAAACCAGUUUCAAAUUUAGACCAGAAAAGUGGGCAUGGGCGCAAAAUAGUUUAAAUGAUUUUUUUUAAGGAGGGAUUUAAACCCGUACAAUAUUGAUAAAAAAUAUGAAUUACUAUACAUGUAUAUAAGAAUACCUUAUAGACAUUUAAAUUUGUAACAAAUUAUAAUGAAUAGAUAAAUUGUGUUAAACUGAAAACAAACGAACGACAAUUAAAGUCUAUCUUUAAUAGUUAACAUAAACCGUACACAGUUAAUUUAAUUUAAUUAGAUACAAUUUGCUUAUUUAAGUAGUUUUUCACUCUUCUUUACCCAACUCAUCUUAUCUGUUAUCAACCUGCUCUAAUCAUAAUCAUUCACUACUGUGACGUUGAUACCAGUAUAGGCUUCUAUAUGAUAACAGGUAACAUGUGUAAAGAGUGGUGAAUGAAUAUGUAGGUAGGUACGUAUUCUUUAAAUGUAUAAUAAAUCGUAUAUUUACUUGAAAAGGAUUUGGGGUUAGCUCGGCUGAGUGUCUAAGAGGAGCUUAGCCCCUCUGGCUCUCCCUAUUCGUGCAUACGAGAGCAAUAAAAAAAGGACAAGUAAAAAAAAAAAUUAGCACGACAUAUAUUAUCCUUCCCCCGAAAUCUUCAUAGGUCAUCGGCUGAAUCGUAAUGAAAAAAUAAACGGCCAUGUGUAUUAUCUAACUCGACCGACAAGACGUUUUAUUCUGCCCGAAUUAUUUUGAUUUAUAAUUUAUGUAUAAUCGAGAUAUCGUCUAGUUUCGUUCACGAACCAAUUUAUAAAUCGACACCGGAAUUUUCUAUUGUUAAUCUAACAUAAAUAGUGAAAAGAGAGAAAAAAGCAUUGUGUUAUUUGGUUAUAUUAAGAAUACUUAAUUAGACAAAACGUAUUAUUCAAUUUAUGUUUUGAACGUAGGUGCCCGACGUUAUUUGAUUAUCUCGCACGUAUUGCAAAUGAAAAUAUUAAUAUAUAUAACGCGUUCAGCUGAUAAAAAUGAUAUUAUUAUGAUAUUAACAUUCGGAACUGAAAAUAAUAAUAAUCAAUUGACGUAUUAUUUUACGUCGCCAUAGUUUUUGUCGUCGAAUUAUGUUUAUGUCGUGUCACUUUCUGUCAUCAUUUUUUUCCGAACAAGCAGAAAUUACGUGUUCUUUAUUUCAUUGGGUUUUUUUUCGACGGUUUAUUAUUAUCAUUAUCAUUUUUUUUUUUUUUUAGAGGUUCUAUUGUCGUUCUUAGUAGAUAACCUGCAAUCAUUUUUAAUAAUAAAAAAAAAAUAUAUAUGUAUAUAUCCAUACAUAAUAUAAUAACAAAACAUAUUAUUGUAUACGUUCGGUCGAACCCAUAUCACUUCCAAUACGGUCAGUAAAAACGAUUUAAAAUAUGAUUACUAUAAAAAAAAUUUAAAAAAAUAAUCCGCGAUAAACCAGUCGACAAAAACCCACGCAAUUCCGACGAAAUAUUUGUCGUGUUUUUAUAAUCAAUAUCACUAUAUUUUCAACGCACAUUAUUUGUUGGCCGUUAAUUUUCCUAAUAUUAUUCUCACACAAUACGUAAAGCCCAGAAUUAUAUGCAUUUGCGUGUUCGCAUAGUGUGUAUGCACGAUCACACGAGUUUGAAAUGUAGGCGUUUUAAAUCAAAGUGAUUUCACAAACCAAAUAUAAUUUUUGCAUGUUAUAUUAAUGUACAUUUAAAGAGGUAAAUUAUUAUGUUAUUAAUGCAAAUAAUAAGCAUAUUUUGUGCCUACGGUUUUACAAGGGGCGUAUUUUAAGGAGAGGGGAGAUAGGAGCUAUAAACACCCUCCCCUGGAUCUGCAUUUAUGUAUUUAUUUGAUAUUUCAGUAUUAUCGAUUUUAUAUACUCGUAGGUAUGAUACAAUGAAAACAAUUUUAAAAUCGUUUUGAUAAUUUAUAAAAAAUUUGAAAAAAUUACUAGUUAUCAGAAUAACAUAGUUGAAAAAUAUUUAGUUUAUUUCAAUCAUGCAAUUACGAAAGUAAUAAUAAUAGCAUAUAAGAUCAACCACAGAACAAAAAUAUAAUAUCAUAUCAAUAUCAACCGCUGUCUCUUUUAGUCAUUAAAUAUCAAAAACGAGCUUGUGCACAGGAUUUCUUCAAGAAUGUUGAGGGAUAGGUGAGGUUAAAAAAUAUGUAUUUAAACAAUUCUUAAAUUAUUAGUCAAUAAUAUUUAGAUGAAUUUUUCAAAAAAACCUGAUAAAAACACUUUAUUAUAUAAUGAUGUUUCAUUAUAAUGUAGUAUUAAAAAUAUGACUAUAAAAUAUAAUUGAUCAAAAUUCAAGAACAUAAGUUGUAACACAUUUUUCAAUCACUUUUAUUACUUCAGUAGUCCUUCGGUGAGUGAAGGAACGAAUUAAUUUGUUUUUUUCAAUUGCACGUGUUUAUUGAUUAUUAUUAUUAUGUUUAGUAUAACUUAUGAACUAUUAUAUUUUUUAAUUUCCCCCCCUUCUCUCAACGGAAUACAUUUAAAGAGCAUAGAUAUGUACACUGCAAUUAUUUUCAUAUGUAUAAAAUAUUAUUAAUUAAAUAUCUUGUAAACGUUUAAAUUAGGCCCAUAUGAGUUCUGACUUAAUAAAACUAUGCAGAUUAGAGGCAAAAAGGUACUGAAAAGAAAUUAGCAAAACUGGAACUGAGCAAAAAUGUAACUGGCUGGAAAUGACACGUACGACGCCUUAUAAGUCUUUCGUGACCAUCAUUCUAGCGUCUCCCACAACUCGACUAUUCAAUCCAAGUGUGCAGCAUCCCUAUAGGCUGUGUACGUAACUAAAGGCUAUAAUUAAUUGGUUUUAAAACUGGCUGCAAUAUUAUAUUACCUAUGUUGUAUUCAAUCGUCUUUUUGCAAGUAUGAAGUAUUCAAUAAGUUACAAAAUGUAGGAAACUUUGGAGUCCCUAUACGAUUACAAUGAUCGUUUCUAUACUAUCUAACUAUAACAGUGACGGUCACUUUUCAUAGCUCGUUGGACAUCCAAUAUCCAUACUGUAUUAAUUCGUGAUAAAAAGAAACGAUUUAUGAUUAAUUUUCAAUUUUCAAAGGUAUUAAAUAGGUAUACUAAGUGCGUCGAACACACAUUUCGUAAGUCAACCCAGUUGUUACUAUGUACUUGUAGUGUAAUGUGUCAUCACUGUAUCAUCAUUAUAUCGUGGAAGGUGAUUUCAUAUACCUUAUCGUGAUCCUUCCCGUAAGAAGUACUACAAUCUAUCUAAAGUACACCUUCAAAGCAGCAACUGCGAAUUUAAGUGAGUAUAGCACGAAACAAAACGACAUCAAAUCGGUGACCAAAUACUCUUGGGCUUCCUGGCCUAGACGGCAAAAAACAGAAGUCAAAAUGUCUGGAAAUUAUAUAAACACCGUAAAACAUAAAAAAAAAUGUUACCUCCCCUACCCUACAAAAAAAAAAAUCAAAUCAUAUAAUUACCUCACCAACACAACAUUUCUCUAGCACAAUAUUAUUUUAUUUGUCGUACGGAGACCAUCAUCCUUCAUCCGUGAGAGUUACUACUCCUGUACCGUUAAGUUGGGAAAAUCCAUACGUGUUAUAAAUCGUGUAUAAUAGAAAAAAAGUAUCUUCCAUAUUAUGUUUAAUAAAAUCUAUGUUAAAUUUUAAUUAUUUAUUAUUAUUACUUAUUAACGCUACAACGAGCAAUUUUGCACAUAAAUACAAGUAAUAUUACAUAGUAUACUUAAACGUUAAUCAUAAUACUAUUCAAAGGGGGUAACUUACAAAGGUAAUACAAAAGGAACAUAAAAUUAAUACUAGAAAAUGCAGAUUUAGAAAUUUAAAAAAAGAAGGGUUUUCGUUGGCCAAUCGCAUCAUACGAUGUAAGGGACGGUUACGACCAAAGUUCGUGGAAUGAAUCGGGACAGAAAAAGGGCGUAAGAACGCAAAGAACGAGAGAGAACUCUGAAGUUCACUUGGUAAACGAGGGGAGGGUAGUCAAUUGAGCCAUCAAGUAGCUUGGACAAGAAUCUAAUAUUAGCAGACACUCUUCUGUCCGCUAGUGAAUCCAGAGAAAGAAAGCCAAGGACGCUAGAGUAUUCGUGCUGUGUGUGUUCGAUUUUAAAAACGUAAGCCGCAAAGAAAAGAAAACGACGCUGCACUCUCUUAAAAUCGCAAGACCCAGAAGCAGUGUGCAGGUCCCAAAACACCGAAGAAAACUCUAAAAUAGAACGGACGAAGGAGCAGUAAAUAUAGCUUUUAUAUGAGCGGCAAGUUUAAACUCACUCGAAACACGUUUUAUUGGGCCUGAAACUUUGAAAGCCUUACAGAACGCGGACUCAAUACGAAGGGAAUAGUCCAGGGUGGGCGUCAGGGUAGUACAUAAAUAUUUAUCGUUUUAUAUAAUCGUUAUGUUUACCGCGUGAUUCAUGGCAUAAACAAAUAUUGCAUGGAUUAAUCAAUACGAUUAUCCCUGUAGGUACCCAUCUAAAUGGCCGCCGAGCUUCGGAUUUACUCGUAGUGUUGACUGUCUAUAAUCGUUUUAUAGUUCGGUUCGGUAUUCGAUUAAGUUAACAAAACGAUAAUUACAAUAUUAUAAUAUACAAUAUCGGCAUCAUGUAUAAACCCACUCUGAAAUGUAACGCUGCGUGCGCUCGUCAUUUCACCUAUAUCAACAAUUAUCGUCGUCAAUAGUAUUACCGUACACCCUAAUUACAUACCUGACAUACACAGUACACACACACAUACAUGAUAGGUAACGUAUUAUAAAUUCAAUCGUCUAUUUAUUAUUUAUUCGUUGAACGACUCGUCAUUGUGUUUCACGGGUUGACGUCACGAACACGCGUACCGUGUUGUAUCAAACGAAACUAGAAAUCGACUAUAUGACUGUGUAGACACCGUAUUAUUUUCGAGUAUACUUACUACUAUAAUAUACCACCGGGUACUAAUACGUAAACCUAGGUAAGAAAGAAAAAAAAACCGCGUGCACAUUGCUCGGCGGGCUAUUGGAUGCACGAGUAAUUUUCACGCGAGAACGUUCGACAUGCUUUUCUAUGUGCGCGUACAAUAAUCAUAUUAAAAUCGUUUUGCCUAUAUCCUACAUAUAUAUAUCCUUUAUAAUGAAAUUUAAUAAUUCUGUAUGUGUAUCAAAUCUUCUUUCUAGAAAAAAAAAAAAAAAAACUUUCACCCGAUACCUAUUAUUAUUGAAAAUAAUAUAUAUUGGACUGCGCCCACAAAAAAAAAUACAACAUAUUUUAACCGCAUUGAUACAUCAAUUAUCAUUCCGUACCUAUACAAAGAAAUAAACGAUUAUAAAAAAAAAAAACCCGUAUAAUAUAUUUUUCUUUACGUUUAUUAUUUAUAUCUGUUACGUCUUGUGCGCAUAACCCAUAGGUAAUAUUAUGCGCGUGUACAUAAACGCGUAUAUGACGUCAUUUAAUUAAUAUUCCUAAAAGUACACGAGAAAUACAUAAAAUACGUUUUUCAAUAUUUUUGUAAUACGUAACCGUCGGUAAUAAUACUAUAUGUGUAUAAAAAAAAAAAAUGAUUACCUAUUUGCCAACGAAAAUAAAAUAAAUUACCUAUACAGUAUUAUAUUGAACUAAAAAAAAAAAAAAAAACGACGACAAAUUUUAUUGCGCGGGUAAUAAUAAAACUGUUAUUUUUAUCGCCCGUUUUAGAGGUACCUACUGAGCGUAACGAGGAAUAUUGUAAUAGUUUUACUAUAAUAUUAUGAUACGUUUUAUUGUUAUUGUUAUUAUUGUUUUUUUUUUGUAUUUUGUAAACAAGUUUUUGAUUACAGAACACCAGCGUCAAUCGUCAACUUCAAUGGUGCGGUUUGAGGUGGAAAAUUUUGUCGGAUUUCUCGCAUUGGGGAGGUCAUGAUUUUCCGUGUACUUUGCUCAAUAGUUUUGGAGAAAAUUGGAACAAGAACCUUCGGAAAAACGGGAAUGGUUUUACAUAGUAAUACGGAUUUCGUUUUCGUGAUUUAAUGAAAAGUAACCGUAGAGACGGGGAAAUUUAACCGUAUGCUCAUAAUAAAUAAGUCUUUUCUAGUGUUUUAGACGCAAUAAAACCGUUUAGAGUUUAAUAUUUCAGAAUAUUUAUUUCAUUCGAUAAUUUUUUUACGAGUUUCCUUAAGAGAUCCGGUGCCAGCGCGUUUUUGGUUCAAAAACAUGCGUUACGGGAAAAACGCGCGUGCCUCGUAGAAUCGUUAUAUUUCAAUGAUUAUUUUGCAGUUGCAACGAUGAAACUCGUAUUGAACUCCGUUUUUAGAUGUUUUUUAUUACCAUGCCCUGCGGGGUGAUUUUUUUAUCACGAACCAGCAAUUAUCUCGGAGUAUUUCAAGUAAAUUUGAGUUCUAUUUUUUUUCAAAUAUUGUUGAACCGUUUCAGCUUUAUUUUAAAACCAUUUUUAAUUGUUUAACCCUGCUCCAUAAAUUACAUACUUUUGUUUUUUUUUUAAAUAAGAACCCUCCCCUUUUUUAACACAGAUUCGAAUAGAGAAUAUUUUUUUUAGAAAUUUUAGUAUAACACUACUGUUAUAGAUUUACCGUUUAUGUGUUUAAACGUUAAACUUUAAAUUGUCAUAACUCGUAAACUGUAAAUCUGAUAUUAGUGUUAUGCAUAUCAACAAUUUUAGAAAAAUAUUCUCUAUUCAAAUUUGUGUUCAUAAAAAAGGCUUCUGUUUUAAAAACAAAAGUACAUACUUAUUUAAGGUAUAUGGAGUAGGAGUAAAAAAUUAAAAAUGGUUAUUAAAAUAAAGAUUAAACGAUUCCACAAUGAUUAAAAAAACAGGCUUCUUUUUUAGACGUUGUUUUAUUGAAAUUAUAUCGGUGUUUGGUAAGGCCCCGUAAAUCUUUAACUGGUCUGUACAGUAAAUGUUCGUAUAUGAACAAUGUCAGAAUAUUUUACGGUACAAUAAAAUAUGAUCUGCUUCAAUGUUUAACAAUUUUAUUAUGGAGUACGGUUUAUCUUAAAUCGAGUACGGCGACAUUGAUAUCCUAAUUUUUUUUUUUAAACGUGUUAAUUACACCGUGUUUGGUAGACGAAAUUUGACACGGAUGAAUAUUAGUGAGGGUGGAUGGCAGAGGCGUAGGUAUGGAUUACGUCUUAGAGGGAGAGGGGAGGGAUUCUGACUAUCAAUUAUUUGUAAUAGAAAUGAAUUGGUAGUCGAACAAAGAAUUGAACACCCGUUGUAAUUUCGAAACGGGGGGGGGGAGGAGGGAGCUUAUACUUACCCACGUCUCUGACGGGUGGGUGGUUACUUUUUAUGUUUCGCUACACCUACCUGUAUAUUGUGUUUAAGGAUAGUCGCCAAUACGAUUCGUAUUGGACCGUGUCGGUUGCUCUUUGCUCGACAUAAUAGAAACCCAAUAGUUAUAAACAUAUUAUACGUCGUAUUAUGCGAGUAGUAAUAAUAUGAUAACGUGAAUACCGACCGUCUCCCGUGCGAACAUGUGUAUGUAUUUUUUUUUUUUCUUCUUCUUCUCCUUUGUAAACAACUAAAAUCCAUAAAUUUAGCUCGGUAACACAAAAUUCAACUGUCGGAUCCCAGCCAGGUACCUAUAUAACGAUAAUGUUACUAUAACAUCUCGGUCGCCGCCGGAGCCUCCGCGCGCCGUCUCGGUGGCGGUAUUGUUCGAUGCAGGCAAGAAAAGAACACAGUCGCCAAAAUAUCGCCAUGUGUAGACUAUACAGGGUGACUGUUAUUCUAAUAAAAUAUUAUCACGAACAUUUUAUACGAUUGUCUACGCGGAAAAUGACAAGGAAAUUUGAAUUUGACGUUUUUAAAUCGUUGUGGUUCGUUUUUGGUCGCCCCGGGAGGAAAGUCUUAAAUCAAUUUUGUAUAGUUGUCCCUUCUUCUCUGGGAUCAAAGACCAAAAAAAAAAAAAAUAAUAAUAAUACGUAUGACCUCGGUACAUUCGCCGUGAUUUUUCAUAACAAAUCGAAAGAUAUUUUCGAUUUGCAGACCGGAGGAGACUGCAGAACGCAGGUUUUAACCAUCCAGAUCUUUACGAUACGUUUUAUCAGUGAAAUAACUUUAUAGGAAUAAACUAUUGAAUAUUAUUUAUGGGGAUAACCACCGAUUUUUUCGGUUUUGAGACGUGAACGUGUUUCUUAACGUAUUGCCCAAUAAAUAGGUACUCCUGACAACGGUAUUUAUUUUAAAAUUGAAUUUCAAUGUAUUUUCAAGUUAAUAAAUUUUCAUUUUUUAUAUUUUUCUUCGUUAAAAUUGCUUAAUAAUAAAUUAUUGUACAUAAAUAAUGGAUGACACAUAUUGAUUCCCGCCGUCCGAUCCAUUUUCCUUGUUUGUUUUCACGAAAUCGCUUCCGAAUUUAUUUCCCGGAAAAUAAUAUCCAUUCAAAUUUGAUCAAUAUGUUUAAUCGCGGGUUAUCAUUAAUCAAUCGAAAUCAGUUUCACCCGAGUGUUAAGAAUUAAGAUCGCCAUACGGAAUGAAAACGAAAAUGAAAACGGGGUCGAAUCACAAAUGUUUGUCGUUUGCCGAACGUUCGUGUGCGCGCGCGCGCGUGUGUGUGUGUGUGUUUUAACAGAUUUCGGACACGCAUUUCCAACGCGCGCGUACCUACACGAAGAUCGUGCGUUCAACACACGCGUGUAUUGAAUACGAACCGGACGGUUGUUUACAUAGCGAAGCGACGGAAUUGAUAAGGUUUGUUAUCAAUAAUCUAAUCGACGCCGCGUCCCGUCGGAUUGAAAACUAGACGGGGACGCGUUUCUCGAACGUAUAGAAACACGCGGACGGCGGUACCGAAAAAUAAUAAUUGCGCCGUUCUGUACGCGCGGUUUUAAUUUUUUUCGACAUAUCACCCAGCGCACCAGUGUGUCGACCGCGCGAAUCACACGUGGUAACUGAACACGCGUGACAUCCAUAGUUUUCAUCGCAUUCGGCGGGAUUCGGCGGAGCCCCCGGCAACGUUGACAAUCGCGCCGUUCGGGGACGCCGCGAUCACAGAACCGCUCUGUACGCGCGCCGGCCGCCGGUUAUACACCGCGCGCGCGCGCGAACUCGUCGUCGUAGCCUACGGCGUGUGCACGGUGUAGCGCGCUGGUGCGGCGCGGCGUACGGCACGUAACCGCGGCCGCGGACGUACGCGCGUCGACACCGCCGCCGCACCGCCGCUCGCGCCCCACCACGUGCCGGCCGUAGACGACGUAACAACAACAAUAAUAAUAAUACGUCCGCUCCGCCGCCGACCGAUUCGUCACGGCCGCCCAAACGGCGGCGGCGGCGACGGCGGCGACGUCGGCAACGUGCUGAUACACCCGGCCGAGGCCUCCGACCGUUUCGACGCAGUCUGUGCGGAACCGUCGCGCGCGUAGUUUACCGGCUUUGUCGGCCGUCGUUUCGCGCUGUGUUUGCGUCCGCGCGCUCGUGUGCGUGUGCGUGUUGCGUACCGGUUCGUAGUUUCUUUUUCUCCGGGCACGCGCCCGCGUCCAGCUCAUCUCCGCAAUCAUCGCAGUCGCAGCUCCGAAAACGCUUUGGACACGGCCCAGAGGUUAGUAAGACGGAAAUCCCCGACGACAUUGCCGUCCGGACCGGUUGUCGCGACGCUGCGCGCGCAGCGGACGCCGGGAACCGCGGGAACGGAACGCGUGUGUCGACGGUACGCUGUCGCGCGAUGUAGUGUAAUGUCGACGUUUCGCCGGACGGAAAACCGAGGAAAAUCAAAAAUAGAAAGAAAGCGACCCCCCCGCGAGAGACUUUCACGCGCCGGGAAACGGUCGGCAAUAUUAUUGUAUACCGGUUCCCCCCGCGCACAAUUAUUUCACUACGGCAGACAGGUAGGCAGGCGAUCUCUUGCAACGUUCGUUUCGAGCGAAAAUGUCGGCCCCGCUUGUUUUUUUUUUUGCCCCGACCGUUUCACGUAUUUCCGUACACGCGUACGCGGCGGCACGUAUCUUCUGUGUCCGGAUUUCCGCGCUCGCGAUUUCACACGCUCUAUUGGCGGCGAUAAGAACGAAACGUUAUCAGCAGUGCGCCGCCGACCAUGCAGCCGCCGCCGCCGCCGCCGCCGUCCGGUACGAUCUCGCGUCGGGUCACCGUAACGUUACAAUGCGCCGCGUCCGAUUCUCGUCCGACCUCGUCGCUCGAGUCCGAAAUUCGGACGCGAGACGGGCCUCGACUCUGACGGGCAAAACAAUAUCGGACUAAUAUUACCGGUCGGGUUUCGCGCAUUUUUGUUCAAAUGCCCGUGUAAAACGCCCGCCAGUCGCCCCACGCGGGAUGACGAUCGUUUUUCUCAAGUCCGCUCGUUAUUUUACGAUUUAAUCGCUCCAUUUCGCCAUUUAUAUCAAACGAUAUUGUCGCAUAACGUGUUGAAAAACAACACGGGAAACCGGCGGACGUUUCACACGGUUCCCAGUGUCAUCUGUCACGGGUAACGACGAAACGUCAGCUUUUCGGUGAUCGGAACCGAUUUCGCGCCGUCAGUUUUUUUUGUUUUUUUUUUUUGUUUUUUAAUAACGGCGAAUCGAAAUUUAAAUGUUAGCACAUUGCCGCCACCGCCGACGUUUGUAGGUCGGUUUCCCCCUCCGGAUACUUUCGAGCGGUUUAACAGAUUUCGCACACCACCGGCACGAUUGACAAUUAAAAUCUCGAUGGAAACCAACGUGCGAACGCGGACAAACCCCGUCGAGUCGGGCCGAAGGCCGAUUCGCCGUUGUACCGAAACUGACGGCGCAUAAUCGGCACCGGCACGCGUUAUCCGAUUGUCGACACCGGCGAUUUCCCGUGACGGAAUAAUUAUUGUACGGGACAGUAUACGGCGGGCGCCCGUCCGAUUGCAAAACCCUAAAAGAAAAAAAAAAAUCCCAUUAGACCACCAGGACGCAUUUGACUGUGAUGGGUGCGACCGCGCCCGAUCGAAAUCGUUUGCCGGGAACCCGGACGGCAAUCCCGACGGGUAACGUCGUUACCGUCGCGCCGCUAACGGACACCGCGUUUGCCGCGCUCCCUUAUUGCCGCCCCUGACCGUCGGACCCCUCGCCCCCCCCCGGCGGCUAUCGUAAACACGGCCUUUUCUCCCAGGUAUACCCGGUUGCCGGCCCGCGCGGACCGUUUUUUUCUGUUACGCGUUUGUCGUUAACACAUUGACGGACGUUACUGCCACGGCGGUCGCACGUGAAAUGCCCCAGCACGUAAACACUGCCGAGACAGCGACCUUUACAACGGUAUCGGAUCGUAGAGGAGACGGUGCCCUGCCGCAAGUGUACCACCGCCAACUAGCAUAACGGUAAAAAUGACGUUACAAGACGUGUUAAGUGCACCUACGAUGAGAACGUACAACCGCCACGAAAUAUUUUGUGUCAUUGUUUCGUUCGAAAACGUGUCGCCAUGCCGUUCGUCGCGUGUUCAAAACCGUCAUCACAUUAUCACGGUCUGUUCCGACAAAGACCCGGCCGAAAAAUUUAAAAAUCCGUACGGCGGUCGCCUGCACCCGGUACACGGGCUUGGCCCCGUUACACUCGCGGGCCGACUAUUCGCCGUGAACGUCAGAAACGCGUGCCGCGUACGGAUUUUCAAAAUCGGCCGCCGCCCCCACCCACCCGCUUAUCUUGUCCCGGAUCCGUCUCGGACGCCCCAAAACAAAAUACAAUAUUGUAUGCGUAUCCGGACAGUCGGGACGGUAACCGUGUUCGGGAAUCCCCACCUCCCUUAGCGAACGAAAACCCUACCGAACGGGCCGCGCGACCGCAAUAUCCAGGAGGUAUAGGCAAAUCGCCGAUUAAUAUUUGUGUACACCGGAUCCCGGAACACUAGCGAUUUUCCCCGAUGAUCACCGAGAUAUCCUAUACGAUUUCCGCGAUUACCAAACAUUUGUACGCUGAUUUCCGUAAAUGAUUUUAUUACACCCGCUGACAAUAGCCGUUUUGUGUAAUACGAGCGUCCGGACUUUGGUUUUCGUUUCCGACAUUUUUGAAGACCUACCAAGGACAUCGGAAUAAUACGUAACAGAAAAAAAAAAAUGCAAAUUAUUAUAUUCGGGAAAGGGGAAACGCCGAGUAGAGUUCAUUGUGAUCGGCGUCUCGUAUCCAUUAUUAUUUUUUUUGUCGAUUCACUUAAUUUUGAGUGGAUACCCGUUGAACGCACGCGUACAGUAAUAUUACGUUCCUCGACGACGCCGGUUUUUAUCGAUUUACGUAAAAAAAAAAAAAGAUUUUUGAAAAUCUCGUAACUUGAUACGCCUAUCGCGUUAUUGAUACAGGUCCUCGUUUUAUUAUGAAAAUAAAUUAUUAUUAUCAUCAUUGUUGGUGGUGACCUGUUUUUUUUUUUUUUUUAUAAAAAUAAACCGUCGGUAGGACCCGGGGUAUCGUUAGCGUCUCUCGUUUGCCGCGGUGCGUUUCUGUUGACAAUAAAUUCCGGACGAAUUUCCGUCGGUAGCCGGUCGCUUUCAACGGAGUUUGUUGACCGUAAAAUUCGCGAACGCAAAAAUGAAAAAUAAUAAAAACCCGAAAUUGUUCGUCGAUAAUUAUCGUUUGAGUAUCGCGUUCUUAUCACUUCCCGUAUACAUAGCGAGGGAUAAAAACAUGUGUACGGAAACGAAACGUUGUGUUUUUCUUCCCCCCCCCCAGUCCUCAAACAUACCAAAGCGAUUUCUUUGACAUUGUUUACCUACGCUCUUAUUUUUUUUCCCCGAUCGCCCGGUCCGACUAAAAAAAGUAACGCGUUCCGGGUGACGGGCGUUUCGGGAAACGCGGUCGGCACCGACUGCGAAUCCGGAACGCGGCGCCCGGCGAAUGUGAUAAUCCGUCAGAAAUCCCGUAGAAAUCUCGGGUUUUUCGUUUGUUGCUGUCGUUGUUAUUUUUUUUGAAUUCCGAGAACAUUUUUUCGCCGGUCGGACGUUCGGCCGCGACGAUUUGAGACGGAGGCGCGGGCCAGGACCGGCCGCGCGGGCGGACACCGAAACAAUAAUAAUAAUAAAAAAAAAAAAAAAAACCCAAACAAACGCGAAAUCGCUCGUGGUGUUUAUUUCAUUGCAUUUAGAAAAAAUAAUAAAUACUGUACACUCGUCACGCCGACGGUCAAUAAGACACGAAAAUAAACCGCCGUGAUGGUGUAAGCGCUAAACGAUUUCGCGACAGAAAUAAACAAAACUUCUGCCGACGGAGCCACCGCGCCCCCCUCUCCCUCCCGCCCGCUACGCCGCUGAUUCGAGGGGAUCGCGCACGUCGGUCGAAGUCACCGCGUUAGAGAGCCUCGGAAUUCGGACUCGGCGGCUCGUACUAUCGUUGAAAUUUGUGUUUGGAAAUUUUUUUUUUUAUUUUCUUUAUCACACGUACAUUCGUCUAAAUUUUCGGGAAUUCAACGUUCGCGUUCAUAUCGCAAUUGCGCGAGUGGACAAGACGACCGUAUUCAAUAUUUCGCCGCUCCGGUGAUCCAGGACGGGUGCGGCCGAUUCGCCCAACGCUCGUUUCGUAGAAAAUUGUACGUGAAAUAGCGUAAUUUCGUUGCGAUUCGGUAAGCCGUAAUGGCGCUGGACGGUCAUUGAACGGCCAUUACUAUCCGAUAUUCCAGCGCACAAACCGGAUCGUCGUCGGUAAACGCGUUACGUAUAUUUAUUGGAUCGAUAUUAUUUUUUUCCGUCGGCCGUAUGCAGACGAACUUGGUCGAAUGAGAAAAUAAAUUCUCAUCGCGGCCGCGUAUACGUUGCGAUUCCUCCCCUCCCCUCUCCCCCUCCGCGCGCGCGCCAGUAUUGUACGAUUUUCGAUUUAGGUUUCAUACCCGCCUCCUGUGUGCGCUUCGUGUACGCGUUUACGAGGGCUAAUCAAAAAGUAUCAAGACUGGUAGCGUCGUUCGAAAAUGGAGCGUCGGAGAGCGGUAGGAUUGGUAUCACUUGCUUCUAUGACUUUUUCUGAGUACAUUUGUUUUUAUUGCUUCUCUAUAAAAUUCUUCGGUUUGAUUUCACUGAUUUUAAUAUAUUUUUCGAGUUUGGCGAUUUUGUAAUAAACCCAAAAGAAGGGUAACUCGACAGAUUUGGAGAUUUUAGAAAAUUUUUCUGCGUUUUUUUCCGGUUUCAGAGGGAUGCAACAUUUCAUAGUUUUUGCCAUUAAAUGUCAAUUGAAAAACUGAAAAUGUGCCCUCGAGUGGCAGCGAGUUCCGCUUCUUUUGGAUUCAUUACUAAAUCGCCAAACGUGAAAAACAAAUUUUAGAAAAAUAUCGUCAAAUCAAAACGAAGAAGUUCAUAGAGAUUUUAUACGAAUAGAUGUGCUCAGUAUAGGUCAUAGAAGCUAGUUUUACAAAAAGUUUUGCUCUUCAACGCUCGGUUUCCCGGUAAUAUUAUCAGUCUCGAUACUUUUUGAUUAGCCCUCGUACACGCGUACACGUGUAAUAUCACGCACACGCACACACGUCACGCCGAAGAUCUGUCGGUACUGUAAUCGUUUUCUGUUUGCGACUCGUUGAACCGCGCGCACACAACCGGCGGACGACAACGCAUUGGCGGCGGCUAACGCGAGACGCGCGUGUCACUGAACGGAUCGUCGGUCGGUGGGCGCGGGAUCGGUAACCGUUGGGUCUUGACGUAGGUCAGGGACGAACCGCUUUUCGGGUGCGACCCGUUCGUGAGACGCGACGACGACGACGUUCGAUUUGAAUAUUUUUCGGCGCACGCGUAGGACGAAAUUAAAAAGGGAGAGGGGGAAAAAAGAAAACGACCGACCGGUCGGGGGCGUCGGAACCCGCGCCGUAUUUGCGUCGGCCGAAACUCCGUUGCGCCGGUCGGUCGUUAUUAUUUUAACGGGCGCUUGCCCGCCGGGUUCGCCGGUACGGCGACGGGGCGACGGGGGUUCGGUAAACCGCGGAUAUUUUGCGUUUCGCACGCCGGACGGGCGGAUUCCGCGAACGCCGGGACGUCCGGUGAACGGUCCCCGCGACAUUACCGCGAAUAAUAAUCGACCGUGGGUCGGUACGCGAUCGCCCCGACAUCGGGCACGGUCUCUUCUGACGGCGACGGGUUCCGGUUCUGGUGCGUGUUUUCGACGUCCCUCGCGGUACUCCCGGCGCGCGCGCGCGGAUUUGUCGUUUUUUCCGCCGGAUCCGCGUACGCCAACAAUAACGUCGCGUGACACGCGAGCGCGUUGUACAUUUUUGGAUAUUUCUCGGUUACCCGCGGUCAAUAAUUGCACGCGCGAUUCCCGGUACAAUUUAGUGUUUUACACGAGGUGCAUAUUUUUUCCGUCGGGCGCAAAACGGACUUUUAAAAUUCAAAUCUAAAUCGAUACCCAAAGCCGCUCGCGUCUAACACACUGCCCACGAAAUGAAUACAUUUCCAUGUAAAACUAUAGUUUGCAUCUCGGUUUUCAUUCACAAAAUGUAUAAUAAAACAAUUCGAAAACCCGAUUUCAAUUGAUUUCACAAUUGAUUAUUCACAAUUCGUUUACCAAACCGUAGUAAGACACUGUACAAAAACUAUAUAACCUACUCCGUAAGUUUACUGUCGUACACACGUUAAACAAAAUUGUUCAGUACGACGAACGUAGUAAGUUGAAAGGAAAUCAUAUUAUUAUUGAUAGUAACGACUCGACGAAACCUUUGGGUGUUCCAAAUGAACAUAAUUCAAUUAGACACGUCCUGAAAUUUUAAAAAUUUUAAAACUCGAAAAGUUCUAUAAAACGCGUCGGUGUGCAAGUGCGUGUAUUUUCUAUUACAUUAAGCAAAACUAUGUCUAAGAGAUCCACUACUCCAUACUCGGUAUACUGGCAACAUUCCGUUCUAUUGUCCGUCGGUCCAUAGCCGUGUUAAUAUCUUCGGAUACCGGUAGAUGUUCCGCGUCGAUAUUAAACCGACACGACCGCGAACAAAUAAUAAUACACGUCGGUUGUUUUACGCGAUAAAUUCCACGAUAUUGUUGAAAUCCGUCCGCCGUUGUGGCGGGUGGACCGAAAACAAAAUAUGUGUCAUGCGACGCACUCUUGAACUCGUCAAUCGCGCGUUCAGCGUACCUGUACCCGUACAGUGGCGCGUGCAGGGUGCGGAGGUUUGGGGCUACUACACCACCGCCCGUGCCCUUAAAAAUCCAACGAACACCAGUUGUCAAGUCGUUUAGUAUGUAGUUACACGUCGGAAUCAAAUGUUUUUUGCCGGAUUUUAACGGGGAAAUUGUCUGCGGUUUAUUCGCGAACCGCGGUUAUUAUAUUUACCGUACCUCCCCUCCCGGAGAGGAAUCCCGGGCACGCCACUGCAAACAAUAGUCGUCGCGGACAUCGGCGUUAAAAAUACCUAUCCAAGGCGUUCGGGGACCGUGUAGAACAAUGUCGUGUUAACUGCUAUUUAUAAUUGUUAGCAUUCGAAUAAGCCGACCCGUUUAAAUAUGCGCGUUCCGUUUUAAAAUUAGAUUAUCGCGAUCGCACUGUCGUGUGUUGUCUAGAAAUAAUAAUAUCAACUAAUCGGCUCGAAUUUUCGAUACUCGCGCGAGUAUUUUUAACCCACGUUUACAGUACUGCGAUACAGGCGGUUAUUUUAUCACGAAUUUUUUAUUGUGAAUUUGAUUUCUGUUUUUUUUUUUCUAAUCGUAGAAUCGUUUCGGUUUUUUAUUUUAGCGCUAUUUUAAAUUGUUCACCCGUACAACCUGAAACGAGUAUUCGCUUGGCACGUUUGAAAAUAUGAAAGAGUUAUCAAACAUAUCGUUUAAAAAAAUUGUCCACCGUCAUUCGAUUAAAGUAUUUCAUAGGACGUGGUCCAUCGGUUCUACGAGACCCGGCUCAAGUCCCUACUCCUAGCAUAUUGUUUGCACUUUUUUUUAUAGAUAAAAUUAGGUGUACACUUUAACCUCUUGUAAAACCCAUAAACGGUAAAUCUGAUACUAUCUGUUCCUAUUUGAAAAUCUAAAGUACGCACUUAUUUGAGGCACAUCACGGGCGCACGAUUAAUAACGGUACCAAAAGUAGAGCUGGUUAUCCACAACAAACAACAGGAAUCGAAUCCGCCGAGAAAAUCGCUAGUUCGUGACGAAUGAAUCGCCCUGUACGCGUGAUACCGGUCGCGUCCGCGACGUCUGUAUGAAUUCGCAAUUCGUUCGUGGAUAAUUACAGGUCAAAGACGCGUGCGUACCUAUUGCCUACGGAAAAAAAAAACAAAAAACGAAAUGCCGAUAGACGAACGAUAUCGCACCGCCGCGUUAAUUUAGGCGCUCGCUUUUACUUUAUGCGUACCGGACUGCGAACGACAAACUCGAUUAGGUGCACCGGCUCGAUUCGUCGUCGUCACAACUGCGGAUAUUGUCAAUUAUCGUUCGGCCGUUUCGUAUUUCCCCGCGCCGCCGCGGCCGCAACAGCAAGCAACGGCCCGCACGCCCGCCCGAAUGACGCGCGUUCCUCCCCCCCGUUCGAAUCGAACGGGUUUUCUGUUUUUUUUUCUUUCGUUUUUUCGUUUUUUUAUUUCCUAUCAUCGCAUUACGCAAUCGCCGGAACGUUAAUAACAAUAAUAAAACCACGUUUUAAUAACGGCGAGCACAGCCCCCUCCCACCGCCCCUACUCUCCCCAGCGGCCGCGGCCGGUCCCGAGCGUUCCCAAACGACGGGCCGGCCGCGUAACCGUACUUUCGAAGCGCACGUUCCCCGCGGCCGCGCGCAGGACGCGGUCACCGGUCUAGAAGCGCGGCGGUUCUAGUAAUUGUAAUUGACUGCCCAAUCGGGGCGGCGGACACCGCGCCUUUCGAGCCUUUUAAACGUUUACGCGGACGCGCGCGCCGAAAACGUUUAUGUGUGUCCAGGAAAAGAACAAACAAACAAUUAUAAACGAUAAACAAUCACGUUGAAAACGUCUUAAAAAUGUUUGACAUUCCUUCCGAAAUAUUGUUCCCUGUGCAUUUCACAUUACAUUUCACGCGGAAACGAAAUUAUGCUGGUUUUACUUGUUCCGCGUGAGCAUUGUUUUUGCGUGUUAUUACCCGGUAGUGGGCCUGACACAGUAUAGAUACGGGUAUAAUGUCCUCGUAAACAGAAUAUUUAGGUCCCGGAACGCAUUUUCGUAUAAACCGGCCGUUUUUUUCUAAUCGGCCGAUAAAAAUACUGAAUAGCGUAUCGUAAAUGUGUGCCGUUAUUAUUCGCACUGUAAGACCGUCUAUAUCUUUCAUUCCGGCCGGAAUCUGUUCUGAAAAUCAUGUUUCGCGUUUAUCGUCCAUUCGAUAAAGUAUCGGGCAAACAUAUCAUACGCUUUGUCAACCGAGUAGGCGAUUGAACGUGCACAUUUACCAGUUCAUAACGUGUACAAACCGCAAUGUUAAUAUAUGUAUGUCUACACCAGAUUGCGGAUUCCCUUAGAUAUCCGUGGUUUUACCACACUGACGCCGCAGUGGUCUCUUUUUCUCGUUUUCAGUCGUCCGAUCGGCUUGUAGCGGAUCUCCGCGCCUCCCUUUCGUAACUUAAUUCCUCUAAAUCUUUGUAACUAUAAAUCCUUAACCCUGAUCCACGUCUAUCGUAAUUCGCUUCGUGACGUGCUCCAACAUUCUACGUCCCCUUCUAUCCCCUACUACAGUUCAGUUACAAGAGAGAGUUACCUUUCGAUUUAUUGUACAUAAAUUGACUUUUUGGAUCCGGCUUUUAAAUUCGCAUUGUCGACCGGUUAGGUAUAACGGGAGCAGAUUCUACGGUUAUUAUUAUUCACUACACCCCCUCCUAUUAAAUAUUUCUGGGCACGCCAUCGGCCAAAGAUCUCGAUUUUCCUCAGUUCUGUUCAGCGUACUUCCCGGUUCGUUAUUCUUUCUGUCCAUCGAUUCGUAAAUUGUAUGAUCUUUUUAUAUAUAUAUUUUUUUUUCAUUAUAGGUACUGUCGUUCCGUACCUAUUAUAGCACGUAGAAUCGAAUUCGAUAGUUAUUUUGAUAUUUUGUAUAGAACGAAAUUAUCAAAAUAUUGUUCCAAAUUGCUUAUUAACGAUUUACACUCCUCCUCAUCUCCUCCCUACCGAGAUAACAAUCGGACGGCGGAAUAACGCCCGCCGCAAUACGCCAUAGAAUAAUAAAAACUAUAGCUUCAAAAAAAGAAAAAGAAAAAAAGACAUUGAAAAACUGCUGUCUGCUAUAAUACGACUGCAGUAUAAUAUUCGAAUUAUUAUAUUAUCUCGUCGGGUUUAUUAUUCAGUAGUUGUCCGUGUGUCUUAUUAUUGUAUGCCUGUACGAGACUUAUCUUUUUCCGUAUCGCGUACGUCUGUCAUGCGAGUCGACGUUAAUUUUUUUCUAAUUUACAAUAUGCAUGUAAAAUCGUUGGUUAUUAAUUAUUAUCAUACAUUUUUUUUUUUUUUUUUUUUUUUUUAAUUCCACGAUCGCCCAAUAGUUUGCGCGCCGGUUAAUUGUCCAUAAAUCCCCCCAUCUCCCCUCCCUCUCCCAAGGUCGUUGAUAAUUGACCGUUUCCUCUUCGUUGAGCUAUGUACGCGUACCAUUCGUAUACGCGUACCAUACGGUAGUCCGGCGAGGGUUUUUCACGCAGUGUAUACCUAUAUGUUUUCUCGAGGUGAUGCACGUACGUGCAUAACAGCGGUAAUAAUUACUAUGCCCACCCAGUGGCAGCUCGAAAGAGGUAUAUUUGAAUCGCACGAUUCGCGAAAAACCGUGUGGGUGGGCCGUGGGUGUUCAGAAAUAUAACAAAAUAUAUUGUGUUUUUUCCAAAACAAGUCAUUAAAAGAAUUUUUUGGAAUUUAGCAAAUUCCAAUUCAUUUUUGAUAGGGUGACGGUAUUUUUGGGUUGGGUUAAUGGACAAUUUUAUCAGUGAUUCAACGUGAAAACACUUCGAUCCGUCACUAGCUAAUAUAUUGACGGGGCAACGUUUAUUUAGUUUAUAUUUUUUUUAAAUCUAGUUUUCGAUACACACAUACCGCGUGUAAAAAAAAAAAAUACAUCCUAUAUAAACUAGAACUUUUCUAAUUUGUAUAGUGUAAUGAUAUAUACAAUAUGGUAUACAUCAUAAUAUAAUAUUAUAUAACAUUAAUAUUAUCUACACUACAUUUUAUUAUAGUGAACACCACUUCAUUUUAUUAAUCUAAAUUCUGUUCAUUUUAUUACAGUAGUACACGUUAUACACUUAAAUGUUAAUUUUCCGCUUUUGUUUUUCGUCUUGUCCUUUCUUAUCUGUGUGAAACCUCGAGGUUUAUACUAUAAACCUAAUACCAGUGGCGGUUAUAAAGGGGGGGAGGACAAUGAUAAUAUGGCAAUAUGGUAAUGAUUGUGAAUUGAAUUUUAAAAUAUCGGGGAGAGUUAUUGUUGUCUCGUUAUUGUCCUAUGAUUUAUUGUUUGUCAUUUUCGUCUCUCCCUCAUUAAAAGUCAGCUAUAACCGCCACUGCCUAAUACAAAUACCUAAAUUGCCCAAAAUAUAUAUAACUCGUUUGUCCGUGGAUAAAUACAUGAGUGUUAAAAUUCUCAUUAUCCAGAAAACCGUUAAAUUGUGUUUUGAUUUUGUACUUAAUGCUGCGAAUCGAUUUUAAUUUUUAGUCGUUUCGUCGUUCACCAAGAGAACGUUGAACGUGAAUUUGUCGCGUGUAUUGCCCGUUACAGAUAUAGAUCUUUAACGGGACAAUAUGGCAAACAUUCGAUGUACUCCGACAAUUUGUGUAUUUCAGGCCUCCGUCGGCCGUGUACAAUAUUGAUUCCGGUGCCAAAAUAAAUAUGAGAAGUCGUACACAAUGUCUUCGGAACAUUUUUGUCGAAAAAAUCAUUAACGAAAUCGGAGAUUAAGAUUUAAAAAAAAAAAAAAACUGAUCUAUUAGAGAGACAUCGUUUAAGUAAAACGUUCGGUGUUUAUUUCUUCGUCGAAAUUCAAACGUAUACGAUCAACGAGUGGCCCGGAUAGUACUGUUUGGAUGGUUGUACGCAUAGUAUUUAUGCCGUGUGCCAGUGACUGUUUCGUAUUUGUGUCUGGUGGCUUCUCAGGCCCCAAGAUUUAUAAAAUAGCGUCAUGGACAGUCUUUUGUGCGGACAGUAAAAUGUAUACAUUCAGACCUAACAGACUACAGUAAAAUAAUAAUACAUAAUAUUAUAAUUUACUGUUGAUCGUUGCGCGUGAGUACAUUUAUACACGAAUCACUGAAAACUGAAAUGUCAUUGAAAAUCACGUUUAUGCAUGCACAGCAUAAAUAUAUGUGUCACCGCGAAAUCCAUUGUUAUUUUUAGAAACAUUAUGGACCGACGACACCGACUUCCGAUCCAAUAUCCCAUAGAUUUUCACGGCUUAGGUAAUUUUCGUCCACGGAGUCCCUUCGAACAAAAUGCUCCCCGGGCUUUUGGUGUGCCUGGCCGAUACCGAUUACGAUAUACUGCAGAGACGGUCUCUCGGCUUGUAUGGAACGAACGUAUAGACAAUAAUAAUGGAUUGAAAUCGUCACGAAAAAAAAAUAAUGAAAAGCCGUAUAAAAAAUUCUAUAACAAUCAUCUGGGUAAUCGAUUCGUGUUUUAUUUUUAUUUUUUUUUUUUUUUUUUCAUUGUAUUAUUAUUACGUCUAUUUUUUCGACUUUUGUCAUAAAUCCCGCGCGCACAAAAUGCAACGUUGCAAUAAGGGUAUCCCCCUGCCAGUCUGCAGCAUAUUAUUAUACAGAGUUUGUUUUGUUGGGAUGUCGACGACGACGUCGACGGUGAAUAGCAAUUUAUAUUUUAUUUCAUUUCAUUAUUAUUUUGCCGUGCGUGCGUGCGUGAUCUGCGGGCGGCCGGCGAGCAGGAAAUGCGACUCAGUGAUGCCAACCCCGUACGUGUGUAUUGUGGACCGGUUCUCGUCGCCGUUUCCUUAUAUACAUCGCCUUUUUUCUUGUUUAAAAUAAAUAAUUCAUCGGUCACGGCUGUAGUGCGAAACAGUGCAAACCGCGAGCACGAGACCGCGUGUACCCGACAUAUCGAAAUCGAAUCAGUUUUCUAUGAGUAGAGGUGUACGAGUUGUUGCGAUCGUGCUGAGUGUCAUAUGUGUUCAAACUUUCGAUAAAAACCGUAAAAACAAAAUUGUCGCCGUCUUACGAACGUAUAGUCUUAACAACGAAAAUCCAAUCGAUCGUAUGCGAGCCCGGUUUAAGGGGUGGUCCAAGGAGGGCCACUAGACUCCCGGGGCCUCGGUUUUCGCAACCGGUACUGUUUGUAUGCAUUUAACCAUUGACUUUGUAUUUUGAUAUUUCAAUGUUUAUUCGUUGCUUGAUGAUAAGGUUAUUCGUAUUGUAUUAGAAAUUACUAGUAAUUUUGUUAAAAAUUAAAUUUGCCGUUUUUCAAUCGAGAUCUACGAAUAUAAUAUGACGAUCGUACCAACUAUUUAUUUAUUAUUAUUAUUAUUAUUUUUUUUUUUUUUUGUUAAAACGUAUUAAUAACUAAACUAACAUUUUAAAAUUGUAUACUUUUAGUCUUUCAACGAGAGAUUCGUUGGAAAGUUUGGCCCCGGGGGCCUCUAAAUGUCUUAAUCCGGGCUUGAUCGCAUAAUAAUCUCUUAUUUUAAUUCUUUACAGACUUUUCGGUCCGCGAUGUCGGCUUUUUACGAGUCACGCACCACACUGUAUAAUAUAAUAUAGUUUUAUAAAAUAAUAUCACCGUUGGGCAAUGGUGUCUUAGAAAUAACCGUGUUUUAAACCCGUAUCUGUGAUAUACAAUAAUUAUUGUAUCUCGCGUCUUGGUAUCGCGAUACGGUUCUGCCGAGUAUCGAGUAUCUUGCUGCAAUACUACUUGUCAGCACUCAAAUAUCGAAUAUCUCGUAUUCAACGACUGCAAAUCAAUGUAUCGAAUAUCGAGUACCCGGUUACCGCUUUCCGAAGUAUCUCGCCCGUCCCGUCACCCGUUAUUGUAAUACGCACGUGUGUAUACCUACUGCAACACAGUGGUGGCUCGAAGUAUUUUUACCUCGAAUCGCCGAUGCAAAUUUUCCAACCACCCGCCCGCCCACCCAACCCGACCCAAAAACACCCCUACCCUACCGCAAAUGUAUUGGAAUUUGUCAAAUUUAUCGAAUUUCCGCAGUCUAAAAUCGUUUUAACGACUUGUUCUGUAAAAAACAUUAUAGUUUUUGUUAUAUUUCUGAACGCCCACGACCCGUCCACACGGUAUUUUAUGAAUCGCGCGAUUCAAGUAUAAUAUCUCCUUCAAGCCGCGACCGCCGCAGGCAUAUACCAAUAAAAUAUAAGAGAAAAAAUAAAUCCGACAUUGUGUGUUUAUUCUGUGUAGGUAAAUUUUCGUCUUUUUUUUUUUCGCUCUUGUGCUGUUGUUAUUAUUAAACAGUAUCAAUAGGAAGGUUUUUUAUGCAGCGCCUGUUUAUCGUCCGUACAUACACUGUCUGGUAAAACUGAUUGAUUUCGAGUUUGCGUCGGUCUUUUGUUAUUAGCGUUCGUCGAAACUUGUACAUAAUGUAGUAUACACAAUCUGUACGACGACGUACUCUCUAUAUCUGUGCCCGAGAAGACUCUCGAUGGCCAUUUAUUAAAAAGGGUUGGUGUAUAAUAGACGUAAUGAGCAGAGAUUACGAGAUUAUUUCGAGCGCGCGCGGAUAAUCGAAAACCCGUUUCGAAGUAAAUGACGUGUUAUAGAAGCGAUAAUACGAAUAUUUAUACAUAUAGACAUGCGCGCAUCAUUAUAUACUUACUUGAACCAUUUAUUUCCGUCCUGCAGACUUGCAGCGCGCUUCUCCGUCUCUCGAUUCGAUUUAAUAUGUUUAUUCCUAUAAAAUAUAAUAUCCGUCUCUAAAUAUUAUUGUAAAUAAUAUCGCGUCGUUAUUAUUACCCAUAAUAUACGGGUCAGUUACAUUAGCCCCCCUCCCCCCAUUUGGAAUUUCGUUAAAAAUUUUGCGCCAACAAUUGUUAUUCUAUUUGCACACACAUUUGUAUAAUCGCGAAUUCCGAAUUCGUGCACCACCCGAACAACUGCUCGGUCUGAUAUUUGAAAUCGAAAAUCGAAUUUGUGUAUCGUAACUAAUUGAUACGAGAAAAGAUUUAUUUUUUAUUUUUUCAUAACCAUGUGAUUAUGGGUAAUAUAUAUAUAUAGAAAAAAAAAAACUACUAUAUAAGUAAUUUUACAUUUUUAUGCGUAUAUUCUACGAAUUGUUUGAUUUCAUCCGUAUAUGUUAGUAUAUUGGGUAUUUUAAAAUGAAAUAUCAUCUCUGUGCUUCAAUGGGAGUUUAUACAAUACAAUAUUGUUCGAUCGAUACAUUAACCCAAACAGUAAGUACCAACAAAGGGAGAUAUUAUUAUUUGUAUCACAAUAAUAUCGUUCACGUAAAAAAAAAUUAAUCAAAGGUUUGAAAAAAUGAAUCCAAUGGAAAAUAAGUAUAUCAAGUUGCACCGGUAGCGACUUGCAGAAUAGAUAUGUUAUGAUUAUUAUUUAUUUUGAUGUAUAUACUUUGUAACCAACUUUAACUAUAUUAUAGGUAAUAAUAACAAUUUUAUCAUUCUAUUUUGAUUAUAAGUUAAAGUUAUUAAUAAUAUUAUUAUACGUGUUUGUAAAAUUGUGAGCAUGUUGUUUAAUUUUAAACCUUAACCCAUCGCUUGUGGUUUUUUCAGUGUGUUAUAACUACCGAUUUGAACAUGUAUUUGCUGUAAUCUUGUAAGUUAGUAGUUACAUAUAUUUAUAACAAGUUAUUAUUUUAUUGUGUACUGCUUGAUUUUAAAUUAAAAUUUUAACUAUUUUUUUUUUUUGUGUCAAUUGUCAUUCAUAACGUUCUCAGUCGUGUAGUUUUAAUGUGCUGUGCCAUUAUUGAAUGUAAAAAAUUAUGAAAACUCCUUGGGAAAUCAAAAUAUGACCCCUUAAAAAUAUCUCUCCAGUCAGAUUUCCUUUUAGAAAAAGUAGCUACUAUCAGUGAAAAUCGGAGCAAAAUGUCUAGUAAAAAAGCUAUCCACAGAAAAAACAAAUAAAUACACAUGGUUAUAAAGCCAAUAUAUUCCUCGCUCCACUCAAAAUCUAAAAAAAGAGCUGAUACUGGGUUAGGGUGUGCCACUGUUGUGAAUGGGAAGUUUGGAAGGUGAAAACAUGGAGGUAAUUCAUUUAUAUCUGUAAGCAAUAAUAAGCCAUUAUUAACGAAAAAUGAUUUAGAAACAAGUUCAGUAAUUCGUGUUUUAAAAUGUCAUCCAAUUAACGAUUUUUGUUAAAAUUAAAUUUUAAAACUGUUAUAAAAAAAAAAAAAAAAAUUACUACAUAACAAUCAAUAUUUUUCUUUUUUUACCACUAAGUUCAACUUAUAAUGAACCGCAUAUCAAAUGGUCAAGCAUUUUUAUCUAGCCUAACAAUUUUGUCCAUCAACUAAGUACCUGCCAAAUAAAAAUUACGUAAAAACUUGCAAAAUUUAAAUAUCUUAAAUUGCAUAAAAAUAGCUCAAAUGAUUUGAACAUUUUAUCACGUCUAUAUAAGGCAAAUAUAAGUUUUCCGUCAAAAUGUCAAGUUUUUACGAAUAUUUUUAACUUAAUUACAACAACAAAAAAAAAUAAUAAUAAAAAAAAAGGUAUAACUAGUGUAAAUUGUGAUUUUCACGGGUUCUGAGUGGUGUACAAAUUCGGAAUUUGCGAUUACAAAUUUGUACAUAUAGAAUAACAAUUGUUGAUGUAAAUUUUUUAACGAAAUUCCAAUUUUGCGAGGGGGGCUAAUGUAACGGAUUUAUAAUAUACGGACUAUAAUAUUAUUGGAGAUUACGGACGGUUAAGAAGAAAAAAAAAUCGAUAAUUUAUAACUGUCGCGCUCGAUUCACAAGGUUGUUUGGGCGAUUUUUUUUUUUUCCAAACGUACGAAAGCCGAAAUUGCGGUUUAGUAUGCAAUAGCCGGGGAUUAAUAGCUAUAAUGUUUGCCGACAUUACCCACACUUUAUUCGUGUUUUAUUUCGAACGUAGGUUUAAUAGUAGACGAUCGCGAAAAUCGUGGCGAAACUUUAUUGAAAUUAAUUGAUUUUUUUUUUCUAGUACCUGUUUUUUAGUAUUAAACCGCUAUCGUAAAACAUUGUCGACGCGACUUUCGUACCGUCGUUGUUUUAAAUCGAUAUAUUCCCACAAUAAUUGUCUCACGACCGCGAAACGCGGACAGUCGACGGGUACCGCAUUCAUAUUUUCUCAUUGGUAUUUCGUGGUUUAUAAACGUUUAAUAAUAUAUGACCCACUCUAUAUUACUAGGUAUAAUAUGCGUGCAAAAACAAUAUCAGGACAGUGUAACACCUUGUACGAAAGAUUCGGACCGUGUUAGUUGUACUCCAUACGACCACCGGUAGCGCUAACUCACGUCUUCUUAUCUAUGGUCCGAUGUUUGUGCGUGCGUGUUUGUAACGUCGUCAAAUUCGUUGUCCACUGCCUAGUCAUUAUUUUGUCCGAUUGUCAUGCCAUUAUUCCGUUUAUGGCUGUUCGUUAGAUUGUGUACAAUGGAUAGAGCUAUACGCAAUAAAACGUGUCGCCAACGUAUCAAGGGGGCAUCUCACUUUUGAGCAUACGUGAAGUAGUGUUAUCAGUCUUUGUCUUAUCACAGCCCACCCAAUAAAAUAUCACAGAAUUAUAAAUAUAAUAUAACUACUGUAAAAUGUAAAUCUGAAUAAUCAAUAUCCAAUUUUUAAUGGCAUUAUGAAGAUGGUGACGCAUGCGCAGAAGCUACACGCCCUCUUGAUAAUAUGUUGGCGACACACUCGUUUCACAUGAGGUAUAGCUCCGUAGAUCUGUAUCAUCUACAUACAUCUCAAUAUAUCUAUUGUAUAUGAUCUGAGGUUCAACAUCAUAUACCAACUUGAUUAACAACUGUGUAACGGUAUGUUGUGCAUAAUUAUUGAAAAAUAAUAACUUAUUGAGCAUAACUUAUAAAUUGGUUAUAAGAACAACAAAUUAAAAUUGAUACUUAAAUUAAUUUCAUUAUUAAUAAUAUUUAUAUUCAUCGAAUGAGAAUUGGUGUAUUUCGUAUAUUAUUAUUAUUAUUAUUAUGUAUUUAUUCAAAUCUCAAAAUCGCCUGUUUCAUAGUAUUAUCGUUAUUAUUUUCACCGUCGACUUCAGUCACUCCCACGUGUAAUCAGUGAUAACAGUACUCCACAACCAUAAAUUAGAGUCAUUCGAAAAAUCGUCGCAGUGAUACGCGCACAUUCGCGUGGAUUUUUAUCAAUAAUUUUUGCGGAGAUUUUAAUUUUACCGAGAACUGUAUUAUAAGUAGAAUAUUUUACCGGAUAAAAACAUUGUUAUCAGUUCGUUAUAAAGUAUUGUAUGUGAUAAAAACCGAUUGAUGAGUAGUGGCUAAAUAUUUAACAAUUUACUAAGGUUAUUAAUGGUUACUAGUGGCUACAUUAGUUAGAUAUUAGAAUAUACGAAUAUAGAACAUGUCAAAUAACGUGUUCACGAUAAUAUAACGGGAGUAGUUACAACGAUUUGGAUUCAAAUGAUGAUGAUGAUGAUGAUGAUGAUGAUGACGAGAUAAAAAAACAUCCUGAGAAAGGCGUGGUUUUAGUUUGCAGUUUCCUUUUUGUUUCCCAAUUUUAUAAUGGAGGACACCUUCAGUAGACUUGAGUCUUCAGUGGAAUAUCUUGAAUUUUUCUUUGAUCCAUACGUUCAGAUUUGGUAUUCCGGUAUCAUUGUGGAGCUGCUUACCACCAUGGUUUGAAUAUUACUGUACUUAAUCCGUCGACUACGCGCAGAUUUCACGUAGUCAAUAUUAUUAUUAUUAGACAAUGUAUAGACAACAAUCAUAGACAGCCUGAAAAGGUCUACGGUAACAAUGCAAUGCAAAUAAUAUAUUGUGAUCAUUUUGUAUCUGUACACAACACAUUAUCACAAUGUACACUGGUGCGCUUAACGUCGGCGGCCGUCUAGUAAAAUAAUUAAUCGAGUUGUGGUACACUGGUACCUGUACCUCGCUAAUUUAUACCGAUAUACGUAUAUAUGUAGCUAAUACCGUGUACGGCUUUUGGUACUAAACGGCCAAUUUUCACCGUCUAUCCGUUCGAUUAUAAUAAUAACGAACGAAUUGUUCGGUUUUUAUUUUUUUGGAAGCCGUUCGCGGUUGGAAAACCGCCGGGAUCGUCAUUCUUUAGGUUUCGACAAAAACGAACAAUGAUAGAUACAAAGUAUUUAAAUGAUAAUUAGUCGUAUAAUACCUACCCUACCCGAUUUUAAAAGAAAAUUAGUCGUGUAUUAUUUACCUGCGGCUAUUUUAUGUGCGUGCCUUGUGUACUGAAUACGAGAUUUACGUUUUUGUAAACAUUUUAUGGAAAUAUUUUUUAUUUUUUUUUUUAACGGACUGUAACACGCCUAAUUUAUACCUACGUAUAUUUCACAGUCGAAAACGAAUCGUAAACUUUUUCUACGCGCAAAUAAAUUAGUGAAAUCGUUGUAGGAGUAUUAGGUAUAUGGCCACCGACCAGUAUAAUAGGUAUCUAUAAUAGAUGAAAAGUUUUUUUUUUUUAUUAAACUCUAUACUUUGAAUAAAACGUGUUUUAUAAAAUUUAAAAUACAAAAAGCCUCAGAUUUCUGCAUAAUUUAAACUGUAUAAUAUACGCGCAGCAGAGACGGCCAACGGUUCGCUAUUAGGGGUCGUAGACGUGAACGGCUACUAGAGAGUAUUGCAGGUCGUGUACUCGGACUACACAAAUAUCAAUAUACGUGUAUUUUACAUCAAUGCCCGUGUACAUUGAACACCCGACACCAGUGUUUGAUUAUUAACUCGGGUAUGUCGUGUCGAUUUAAAUUAUGUUGAACGAAUAUUUGUUGUCGCCACGCAUCGCCGAAUAGUACGCGAAAUUUCGUGGUUUUUACGCGUUUCGUCAAAUACUCCGUACACAUUCGACCACACGGGUAUUCACGUGUAUUUUUAUCACGCGAGUCUCAAUCCCGUGACGCAUACAAACACGCGUGUGACCGUGUUGUUCGUUACGCGUGUAACGGACACCCCUAUCAGUUCCUGUACAUUACAUCGUCCGGCGGAGUCCUUAACGGCGAGCAUCUUCUUCAACGCAAUAUUUUCGUUAUAAUAUUCGGUAGGCACCGAAUUGCAUAAAAGUGAAGUGGGUAUUCAAAUUUCAGAGAAGAAUAAAAUAAAAACAUAUUGUCUGGUUGGUAUUUUUUUAUUAUUUUUUUUUUUUUUUUGAAUAAUACCGACCACACACACUGCAUAAUACUAAGCAGGUAAUAUGAUUUAUUAUACUGGCCCGUGAUAAUACGGUAGUACGCCGACCUUUUCGUGACAUUUUCUCGCAAAACAUCAAAUAAAGAUGACCCGGUGUAAUGUACGUGGCAUUCAAGUUUGCGGGCGUCAAAUGUCUGACGACGACGGAUUUACAUUUUCCAUAAAAUUUACCUGCGUUUUUAACCUCGAUAAUAUUAUACCUACAUUAAACAUAAUUUUCCCUCUAAACAUGAGUAUUUUUUAGACUCUGAGCGAAUCGAUGAGGAGUGCACCUGUUUGGUUUUACUAUGCAGAUUUGGGCUUUUUUAUUUUUUUCGUGUUUGCCCUACCAGAAAUUUCGUUCCCGAUCAUCGAUUCCGUGAGGAUGAUUUCUGCAGUAGAACGCUUUGUUUAGUCAAUAGGUUAAAAUUCCUGUAAAAAUAAUUGUAAAGAACUGUAUUUUUUUUUUUUUUUACAGAAUACUAAUAUUAAUUAUUUUCUAGACGCGUCAAAAUGUUCAAAAAAUUCUGUUAAUUUUUAAACUAUUUACAGCUAUUUGAAAAUGUCGAAUAUUUUAAGUUUUAUGUGGUUGGUUUUACGUGGUUGACAAUUAAAAUUUCGAAUACUACUCUAUUAAUAUAUUUCAUCAAAAUACGUAAGUACGUGAUUUGUACACAAUUCGUUUUGUCAACAGAACAGUUCUUAUAAUUUUUUAUGGGUAAUACUUUUUUGUUACUUGCCCGUAUAGAAUUAUUUCGUUUUAAAAACAAUAUUCGCUAUUAAAACUUUUUAUAAUAACAAACUAUUUACUUUCAAAUAUAGAUUUAUUAUUACAGUAGGUACAUGUUUAUUUCUUUUUAUAUUCUGUAUGAGGAAUAUAUAUUGGUUUUACAAUAACGAUUUUGUUUUGUUUUUGUUUUUGUUUUUUUUUUUUUGAGUUACGACUUCGUAGGUUUUUUCCUUUAAGUAGGAAGAGUGGUUCAAAAGUUUUAUGUAUUACUUUUAUAGACAGAUGGUACUCAGAGAUCAUUUUUUUCGAAUUUCCGUGUAGUUGUCGAGAAAAUUGCAAAAGCUAUACUGCUGUACAAAAAAUAAAAAUAAAAUGAAAAUUACGACAAGCGUUUUUAAUAAAAUUCACUAUAGUUAUAAUAUAUUUUGUCGUAACUCGGAAAAUAUAAUAACCCCGAGGCCGGAAAUUUUCACCACUCUGUUAUUGUUUUAGUAUAUUUUAUACGCCCUCAGAGUAGUAUCAUAAUUUUCUUUUUAACCAUCAUACAUAGCGUUAUGUACGUUUACGAAAAUGCAUUCUACCGGCUUUUUAUUUUAUUAAAUGUAUAUAUUAAUUUCAAAGAUCUGACAGUUUAAAACUGUAACAAUAGAUUAUCAUAUUUAAAAAGUUUAAUAACAAAAACCAUUAUUCGAAUGUAUUUAUUGUACCUGAAAUAUCUUUUAAUUUUAAAGAUAUGAGCGGUUGGACAGCAUGGGUAUCCAACUCCUAAUAUAUAUAUCUGUAUUCCUUUCUAUUUUUACAAAAAAAAAAAAAAAAAAAAAAAAAAUGCUGAUACUGUUGAUAGAUAUGCCGUUGUUUUAGGAGAAAAGUCGGACGAGAAGAUAUUUAGCAUAAUUAAAUUAAUAAGCCUAUAAACCUUUGCUAACGAAGAACGAUUCUAAGCAGUGUUUUAUUAGAUGUGUUUUUCCUUUGUUACCAAGGUACCUACCCUAAAAUCAAUAAAAGUUGUAUAAAAAAUUCAAGUUGCCAGUUUUUAGUUUUACCCAUUUAUUAAGAAAACUAUAAGUAACAUCAAAAAGUUACCGUCCCAAUUUACCGACUUUAUCAAAAAUCCUGUAAGAAAGUACUUUUAUAGGUUUUUAAUUGCGGCAAUAUUUCUGGUAGAAGAGUUUUUAAUUUUACACACACACACACACACACACACAAAAACUCAUUGUAGUAAAACCAAUACUACAUUCCUCGUUAUGCUCAGAAUAUAAAAAUUAAAAAUUCUAUACGCUGAAAUAUUUCGACGAGGAACGCUUUUAUUAUUAUUUUUGUUUAGUUAAAUUUACUUACCGACAAGUAUAACUAUUUAGUCGACAAAUACGCCCCACGUCAUCAGCUGCGGUUUCAUUGAAAUGUGCAAACAUGUCCGAUGAAGUCUAGUCGAGAACUUUAUUUACAUAAAAAGGGUGAUUACGAAACUGUAGGGGCUAUUCGGUAUAGUAUAAUGAAAAAUAUUGUUAUUGGAUUUUAGACGGAAUUUUCUAAUUUUUGUUUUAUUUUUAGUGCCUCUCACAAAAUAGUGAACGUUUAUUCCUCUAAACUCGAAAAUCGAUUACAAAAUAUAAUAUUAUGUCUUGUUCAUAAUAUUCCCAUACAUUCUUUUGUUAUUUUCAUUAUUUUUCCAUAUUUUGUCUAUUAUUGGUACAUUGGUUAAGUCAUUUUUCGUUCUUUUGUUUAUGGAAUUUGGUUUAAAAAAAAUAGUAAAUAUGUAAAAAGCGAUGUAAAUAAUCGCAGAAUGCGUUUUUUAGACGCGGUAAAAUAUUCAACAGGUUACAGCAAUUUUCGAACUUUUCAUAUAGACAUUUGCCGAGUAAUAAAUUGCAGUUUUUUUUUUUUUUUUUGAUAUAAGUGUUUUGAGUUAAAUUUUGUAAAGAAAUCGUACAAAUCACAGGAUUCUGAGUUCGAUUAAAUAUUAGCCGGAAGUCCGGCAAUUUAGAUAAAAUUGUGUUCGAUUUUUUUUUUUUCACAUCGACAAUAGGUGUAUAAUUUUGGACUUACUCUCCUCUCCACAGGCUUAUAUUUCUGCAGACGCCCUCGGCACGGAAAUAAUCGGAUAAUAUCGACUCUUCUUUAGAUUCUGAGUAGACCGAAGAAUGUAUAUUGGUUUUACAAUGUUAUUUUUUUUUUUUAUCCGGGAACAACUUUUCGACCAGAAAUCUUGCUCCAAUUUACGGGAGCGCGUAAAAAUUUGGACGGUACAUACCUGUAAGGUACGAAUAUGGAGUACACAAUUUUGAAAUCCGUAAAAAUCUGAAUGAUAUAAAUUUGGCAUUUAAUAUUUAAAACAACUUCCGCGCGUAUAACUCAUAAAGAACCUUGUGACAAACGUUCAAGCAUUUCUCCAAGUAUUACAAUUUUCUAUUCCAGUUUUGUACCGUCCGGAUUUGCAUCGUCCAGAUUUUUACGGAUUUAAAAAUUUUAUGUUCCACCAGAUUUGUGCCGUCCAAGUUUUUUACAUUCCGGGUUCAGGUUUUUACGCGCUUCCCAAAUUUCCCGUCUACACAAUACCUUCUCAACCUCUCACCCACGACAACAGUGGCCGCGCCGGUCCCCGUUAUACUAGGGCGCCCUUUUUUCUUUUUUUCGCACCCGUACGUUUGCACAAUCGCUGCGAAAAUUAUUACUGUCGCGUGGAAAUUCGUUAGCCGUUGAGAUUAUUAUUUUGAUAGUGUACUACAAUAUUAUGUAUAAUCCAUUAUUAUUCGCGAUGCAGUCGCUUUGUGUGUAUAACUGCGCGGUGUAAAGGCAACGCGUCCCGGGUUUUAAUACGGCGGCGCGGUAUUAUUUGUGUAUAAUAAUUCACCGGGCCCUGUACACCUACGUCCGCGUGUAAUACUUAUCGCGUCGAAAACAAGCGCCAAGUUUGAUACUUAAAUACAUUAUUAUUCGUGUAAACAGCUUAAGUAUAACGGUCCCGUGUAUAAUAUACAUAUGCAUGCAUGUGUGUAUGUGUGCACGUAUGCAUGUGUGUACGCAUUGUGUUCUCGCAUCUUGCCAGUACACGCCGCCACGAGUGCGGGUCGCGAAACCGAAAGAGUUACCGAAAAAGUUCAGACCGAGUAAGCUUUUGCGCGGGCCCCCCGGGGGGAGGGGCAGUGGAUGGGGGGGGGGGGGGGGCGAUCGUCGCCGCUACGUACUCACGGUGCGUACGGAAACGUAACGCGAUGACGGGUGGUGUACAUCGCGUCUCAUUUCGCUUGACCGUACGCGUUUGGAAGAAAACUAUUUGCCGCCGAAACUCUGCGACGCGACGCUCCGGACCAUAGCCGCGUCUGAGGAUGCGUGCGCUAGGUGACUGCGGGGUGGCCGUCGAAAUCACGUUCACAAGCUCAGAAUGUUUUCGCGGAUUAACGCACGAGCGAACGCCCGUGCGGUUCGGACCUUUUUUUUUUUUUUUUAAUAUUGUUUCAAGCCUUUACCGAUGUACGCGUAGUAUAACGAUAGUGUGUCGCGCUAGAACGAGAAUUUCCAUUAGCAAUCGCGCGUUUCGAUAAUCAAUUUAUUUAGAAAGUGUAAUGACGUAUGCGGCUUAUGCUUGUACAUAUAUUUAUAUAUAGGACAGCGGGGUAAUACAAUAAUGUUAUUAUUAUUAUUAUUAUUAUUAUUAUCUGCGAAACGCGAUUAGUUCGUAACACUUUAUUUAUUCGUCCGGCGCGUUAUAUAACGUUAAAUAGUACCAGUACUAACGACGGGUUAACGCACGAGCGAACGCCCGUGCGGUUCGGACCUUUUUUUUUUUUUUUUUUUUUUAUAUAUAACGUCGUUGGACCGUGUCUCUCUAAAUAACUGCAUGUGCGUGAUGCCGUGCGGUGGCGUGUAUUAUAUGCAUUUCACAACGCUGCUCGGAAAACAUCAUUAUUAUUAUUAUUAUUAUUUUCGUUAGAUCGGAAACGACGACGACGACGGUAAUAAUUAAUCCAUCGUCGCGGAAUGAACAGCAGCACCGCACGUCAAGUUUAAUACAUUUCCCCCUCCAGCCCCACCCUCGUGCCGGAGAUUUGGGUUUAAUCCAAAAAUGUCCUUUUUAUUUUCUACGCGCGAGCGCGCCAAAUGCCAAACUGUCAAAGUCCGAACGGAACGAGAGGGAAAAGCCAAAGGAACCGUACCGAUGUAAGCGAAUUAACGUGUUCCGCCGCCGAUAUUAAACGAUGAAAUUUUCAUCACCCUUCCCCGCGAAACGGGACGUGAGAGAGGUGUUUUGGAUUGUUUGACGAGAGAACAUCGCCUAUAUCUCGUUAUUCGGCAAUAUUUUAGAUUUUUGACGGAAGGGGGGGGGGGGUGAAGAUUUUGCUGUUUGUCCAGACCUGCAAUUUAAUGUGUAUAUCUGGUCGGGAUAUUCGCGGUGCACGUUAUUCCUUGAAACUUAUAUGCACAAUACGACAUUCAGUAAACUAUACAAUAUUAUAAUAUAAUAUACUAUCCGUCCCGAAUAACAAUGUUUGGAUAGUUAGGAAACUUUGUCGAAUGAAAUAACUGUGCGCAGACUUACGUCCCUAGCGUACACACGAAUGUAUAAUUUCAAUAAUGAAUACGUUUUCAUUCGAAACAGUGUGCAUGAAAAUAAAUAAAAUUAUAAAAAAAAACCGAGAAAAAAAACUACAUUAAAUAUCGUUCUAAAAGACUGUGAGUUAAAAUCGCUGUUUUCUCUAUUCUAUUUUCUUUUUCUAGUGACAUACACCAACUCUCCACGAGUUUUGUCACCAUUACUACGACCCUUCGUUACCCAUCUCUGUCUUGGAACUACCUCUCUACAGUUUCUAAACCCCACACUUUUGAAAUCUUCCACGUCACUCCAUUUUUCCCGUAUCGUUCUCGAAGUCUAAUUUUUCUCGGGUUAUCAAUUACGUUGCUACACUGACCGUCUCGUUUGUUCAUCUCCCCAUCAUUAGUGACCCAACCCUUGCGCCCUUUGUCCACUUAACGAAGCCUAUAACACUGCAGUUUCACAAUAUUCUACAGUUCUCUGUUUAACCUCAUUCGCCAUGUUCCUCCAAACUUCCCCCAUACAAAAAUUCUCAAUCUUUUCUCAUCUCAGUCCAUUCGGUUGAAGUCUAAGCAGCAUCGCAAUCAGUAUAAGUGAUAGUUAAUUAUCUAAUUUAAUUUCUGCCUUUUUAGAUGUCAUUUCGUAUCCUUUACUCAGGUGUAUGAUCGUAUUAUUAUCGUGGUAUAAAAGUUAUGCCUAUUAGAACUAUGUGUUCUUUUUUUCGAAGCUCUAUGAUUGGAUAGUAAUUAUUUCGAAAUUUACAUUGCGUAUUAUACUGUUUUUACGUACACUACUACGCUAUAUACAGUGUGUGGAAAAAGUUUUCUCUGGAGAAUUUCUGAUUUCUUUCUUUUCUAAACGUUUAAAAUAAAUUAUAAACAUCGUUUAAAAAACCGCAGACGGCUACCGGUAAAACAGUUUGUAGUGAGUUUUUUUUUUUUUUUUUUCAUUUAAAUCGUUUAAUCGUCGGGUGAGAAACUACACUUUUUAAAUAUUGUAAUAUUAAUAAUUUUACGAGAAAAAGUAUCCAUUGUUUUCACUGCCGUCGAAUAUAAUAAUAGAGUUCACUGUGUUAUGAACUAUAACUACUUCCGUUCUUAUAAUAAUUAAACGUACGUAUAUAGUAACACGAUAUGAAAAAAAAAAAUAUAUAAAUAUAUUAUAUUCAUAUCUUCGAAACUAAAAAGGUUUUGUAUUGUAUCUGUAUAAAAUAACUAACAACAUGUCGUUUAAAACACCCGGCCUUAUUAGGUCCGACAAUACCGCCGGUUAGGUACAGUUUUGUACAGGUUUUGAACAGUUACGUUGUUUCGUCGAACAUUUAACCAAUAACGUUAAGUACCUACGAUUUGUACUUCAAUGUCCGCGAUUGUGUUUCAUUCUACGCAGAACAAUAUUAUUGGUACCCGUUCAAUAUGCUGUCUACCGCACGUUAAGUGGUUUAGUAUGAUAUGCUACCGACUGUAGUGCAUACCUGUAUACAAUUUAUCAUUUCGGAAUUAAUAUUAGGCUUUUUACAAUAAAAAUGAAUCAACUAUGAGUUAUUCAUGUCGAAGUAUCGUUCAAAAUGAAAAAAAUGUAUGCAAGUUUCAAAAAAAACCCGAUUUAUUUUCUAAUGAACGAAUAUCUAUUAAAAACCGAAACAAUUUGCGUUGGUGAAUUGUAAAUGAAGUUCUUAAAAAUAGUGGGAAACGUGAUUCGGAAAAAAUUUACAAAGUAGAAAUACCGCAUUGUAAGACAAUUUUUAUUUGUAGUUAGCAUUUCAAAUCGACGUAAAAUUACGGCAGAUAAUGAACAUUCAUGGUAGAUAUAGCAUAUUAUUGAACGAGUAUCCAAUAAUUAUUGAACACGAAAUUCGAAUAAAUAAUUGAAAAGUAAAAAAUCAUCUUAGGUGUUAAUGUCCAAAAGCGUAACAAUUGAAUACAUAAUUACUGUGCGUAAACAACAAAAACAUUAUUCUAAUAGGUACCUAGUUAAUUGUUGACCUUUUAUCGCGGCUGCCGACCCGAAUAAUUCAUAUCAGACCGAAGUGAAAAAUACGCUCUCUCCCGUCAAAUUUUCGACCUUUCGAUAAAAACGUUAUUUUUCAAUAUAUAUAUUUUUCUCCCAUCAACUGUCCAGCCCCGUUUAGACUGCAGUGUUAUUUCUAAUUUUCUCUUCUUGUUCUCCGGUUUCUAGGCCUGUCUCGCACCAAAUCCCCUCCUUUAUCCGGCGGUUUACGUCAGAAAAUUACCAGAUCCUGCAGAUACACUCUGUAUAUUGUACGGGGAUGUAAUCGAAAGGAAAAUGUUUCGGUCUGUAUAAUAAUACGUAAUAAUAUAUUUAAAUUACAGUAGUAUAGUAUAAAUAGCAAUAGUAUUAGUGCAUUUGCGGCUACGAACAAUAUUCGAGAAUUUCGAAGUGAACAAAUAAGAUUAUUACUACUUAUAAACUAUACGACGACGGCAGGACGACAACCCUACUACAGUAGUGCCGGCUAUACUACUAAUAAUAAUAUUUUAUACGAAUAUUAUUCUCUCCUUUAGCUAAAUAAUAAUCCGGUCUGAGAUAGAAUAUUAAACAUUAUAAUGUUUAUAUAGCAGUAACAUUUGCCUUUUGAAUAAUUUAUUAUUUUCUUAUCACAAUAUUAUCGUCGUGUGCGUUGGGUAAUUUCAAUAAUUUCCUAUGUAUUGGAAUAUAUUUCGGAAAUAUUGUUCCUAUAUAAUAGUUAGGAGUUAUUGACAUGCGUCGAAAAAGAAAAUACGCGGACAAUGCGCUAUUUAUACGUGAUUUUCGAUCGUAAAGAGUACGCGUUUUAAUCGCGGUGUAUGAACACAAAUAUUAUGAAUACGGAGAAUUAUUAUUAUAAAAAAAAAAAAAAAAAAAACCGGAUCAUUAAUUUAUUACCGCGUUGUCGUGGCCAGUGAUGAUAACGUUUCCGAUAACUAGUUUCUGAAAUUAUCAUAAAUACAUUGCGUUAUUGUGUAUCGAAGCUUCACGGAGUUUUUAUUUUGUUUCAACUGGACAACGCGAUCGUCUAGUUGAAAAAAAAAAAAAUUAAAAAACAAAACACCCAACAAAGUUCGUCUCAAGGAAAACCACUCGAUUAAUUUCGGCCGGCGCGCGAUCGUCACAUCGCGUGUAAAAAAUCGAAAUAAAAACCAGUUUCGUACUGGGCAGGAGGGCGGGUGUGCGAGGGUGGUUGGGUACUACAGACGCAGCAGCGGACGUUUCCACGACACCGCCAUAUUUUUAUCCGGUCGUAAUAUAUGUUAUUAGGCGGGAAACACGUGUAUAAUUUGUAAACAUCGGAAUCCUUUGUCUCGCGGAGAAAACAAAAAAAAAACCCUCCCCCCCGAGAACCUCGCGGCCCGCCGUUCCAUUUAAUCGACGACCCGGGUUCAUUCGGGGAGGGGAAACUUGAAAAACUCGUACUCUUUGGUAUUUUUUUUUUUUUUCGAAAUGUUAUCGUUUUUAUCGUAACAUAAAGGAUCGCGUUUUAUCGAGAAUAAUUUUAUUUUAUAUCAUAAUAUUGAUGUAUUAUUGAGAUUAGCGCAAAUUAAUUAAUUCGCACAUUCGACAGUGGUUGAGGAUUUUUUUUAACAAUGAAAAAAUGUGGCGAACCUCUCUUUUGCAUACCAGCGUGUCAGGUAUUAUACAAAUGUCGGUUUGAUUACAUUCCUCCGUAACUCCUGGUCUUGAACUAUUUCCUCCGUUCUUGUGAUUCUUUUACUAUCUAUACGUCUUAUACGCUUCUUACACAUGUCCUACCCCAUGGUUUCUUCCCUUUUGGUGGUUUCCAUUCCAAGUAAGCUUUGACGGCUUUUUCCCCGUUUAUUCGCAUCAUUAUAUGUCCCCGCAACCAAUAAAUUCUCUGACCUUUCUGAACUGGCGAUAAAUCCGCUUCCUUCUGCAAUUCUUUUCAAAUUUCAUUCAAUCAUGCAUGUACAGCUUAAGGUCCAUCGGCCAUCACAUCCACUACAAACUUCUUUCAUUUCUCUCUAUAUGCCGAUGAGCUAAAUUUACCCGAAUUCAUUCUUGCAUUUUUACCAAACCAUUCAAAACAGAACCCUUCCGUCUCGUACGAGGUCUCCCUGUUAUAUUUUACUACGUGUUUCAUGAUUUUUUCAUCCGCUCUAAAUACGUAGCCUACCCGUUCAUGACGUCUACUUCUAGUAUAUAUAGUAUUCGGCCUUUCAUAGAAUCUCUGUGGCUCCGUAUAUUAUGGCUUUUUUUCAUAACGCUCACGUUUCUCUAUUACAUAAAGGGUCAUAACUUUUUCUUUUUAAUUUAAUGACUUCUUUUUUCUUCGUUAAAUGCCCAAUGUAUAUUAAGUAUUGUAGUAAAGUAUGACCUUUGUCAUUUUAUGCCCACUCUUAAGACCUAUUAUAUUACGGAAACGGGAUAUUUUUCGAUGUAAUUAUUAUAUCAUUUAUAAUGUCGUCUAAUACUAUUUGGACAAAUCCUCCGGAGAGGCGAAAGGGUAUCGUCGGCAACCGUGUGUCGGUCGCAUGGUUGAGGUUAUUGCGACGGUACACCAUAAUAUUACAUGCAUAGAAAGCAUAGACACCUCUUUCAGGAUUUUUUUUCCGCUAUACAAAUAAAAUAUUAUAAUAUUAUAUAGUAUUGUGACACCAUGGAGUUCGGGCCGGUCAUUCCUUUCACCGGGACGACGGUCUCUGCCGUCGGUAAAAGUUCCGGUGGUUUAGUUAUGUUGUGACCUUGAAAUAAAAAAAAAAACGAUAAAAAAGUGAAUCUGACGACGACGAUACCGGUUACACUACUAGUUUUCGUGUGUCGGUCCGCGGUUUACUCUGAUUUUUUUUUAAUAUUAUAAUUUUACUAUACCCGCCGAUAAUGGUUACAAAAAAAAAAAAAAACUGACGUCUAGUUGUCUAACCUCUAACCAGUUAACCGAACUCAACCGAAAAUCUUAUUUUACUUUCAAGGAUGAUUUAUCGUUGCCUUUUCAGUAUACAAACUUAAUACCCAAAGGGGGACGUCUUGGACUCUUUUUCUUUUCUUUUUUUAGUGGAAUCAGCUACAAGACCACUUUGCCAACUGUCUUAAAAAAAAAAGGAUUUUUUUGACCGAAUACAGUUUAUACACUAAUAUUUUCUCCACGUAACCGGUGAUCGGUAGUACGAAUAGGAUACAGUCGAUGACACGUAAACCGGGUGGCGUAUUUGCAGACCUACUUCUAGUUCGGGUCAAGCGCUAUGUAAAUACGCAACUCGUCGUAGUUUUUCGUCCAUUAUUAAGGUUUAAGGUUUACAAUUAUUUGGCACUAUUAUAGUAACUUCCCUGGAGUGUCGUAAGGUUCGAACCAACGGGUAGGUUAAGUUUUUCUAUGUCUCCUCUCUCGUUCUGGUUUAUUUAAGCCCGUGGAUGGGCUAUUCGUCGACUAGAUAGUAGGUUUUAGAUUUAUUCCGGUUCCUUUGGAAAUAAACCGGCAGCUAGUUUUGCAAACCUCCUGAAACCCACUCGAAAUUACGUUUUAUGUACGAAAUCGGAUAGGAUCUGCAAAUACGCUACCGGCGAGCGUAGUUACGGGAAUUAGUCACGGGGCGUUUAUAAUAUUCACGCCGAGUAGGUGUAGUAAUAACCGAUACAACGUAUUCACCGCGUGUGUAUGUACUGUAUACUUAAAUAUAUAAAUUGCAUUACACUGUGCGUUACGUUAUGUAUGAGAAAUCAACUAUACGGUCAGUGGCGGCGGUGCUGGUGCUGGUAGCGGGGGAGGGGUUUGGGGUGUUACUCGUUAAAUUUUCUUGUUCGAAAACUAUAUAGUGUGCGUAUAAUGUCAUAAAAUUUUAAUUGCACGUUUUCCACAUGUGCGUGUACCCGAUAGAUACUCCCGACGAACGGCAUAAAUGGUUGUUUUCGUUUUGUUUUUUUUUUUUUCCCAAACACAUGACGCACAUCUGUUGACUGCGGGGGAUAAAAAUAUUGUAAUAUUUUCGUUGCGGAGAAAAAAAAAAAGGAUAAAAACCAAUUCAAUAUAUUAUAUUAUUAUAUUCCGUUCUUCUCCAUGCUUCAUUUGUCACGUAGAUUUUUUUUUUUUUUUACUUAUAAAAAAAAAAAAAACUUGCUCGACCGAUACUGCGCUAUCGGUUCUGCUGCUGCUGCUGCUGCUGUUGUCGCAGUGUCGACGGAACGAAAGAAAUAAUCUGUACCGGUGAGGGAAAACGGCAAAUCCAAUUUCAAUUCGCCUACUUUCUUCGAUUCGAUUUUUAAUUAACGUAGAAAAAAUCCGUUAUAUAUAAGUAGCUGGUACUUCUAAACGUAUAUAUAUACGAAUGUGUGUGUGUGUGUGUGUGUGUAUAGUGUGCGGUCGUUUCGUAUAUACAAAACGAAAUUCAAACAAAAUUCGGCAAUAAUAUCGAAAGACAGCGGCGCGGUGAUAGCUCGGACCCUUAUAUGUAAAACGUGCCGUCUCUUUUAUCGGAAUAUUCAGCAUCGCCGAGUGUCGUUAUAAAAUUAAAAAAAAACCGUGGCUGGCGCCGACUAGCGAAUUUAAAAUUAAAAUAUUUCUCUUUUGCUCGCGGUCUGUACUUUAUUAUUAUUUUUGUUUUGUUUUGUUUUUUUCGUUUUUUCGUUCUGGGAUCGCUAUCGGAAAAUGUAGACGUUAAAAACAACAACAUUUACAUAAACCUGCACAUCAGAACGGCUCUGGUCCGGCGACACGCACAAACGGUUCCAUUGAUAAUAAUAAUAUACGCACCGCGCUGUAAUAUGUCAGAAAAGAAGUGACACGGCACAGCAUUUCGGUCGUAUAUAGUAUGCACUGUAUACGUAUAGUAUUGUAUAAAGAGUAGGCUUAUCCGAUUUUGUUGUAGGUGAUGCGGUUUUUUUUUUUUUUAUGCUUUUAACUCUCUCGAGAGUCGUCGGUCAUAUUUUUGAAUGUCAAAUCGGAAGCGCCGUGGACUCUAUCCGUAAUACUAAGGAGUGUUUUCGCUGUUCAUAUACCUGCAGUAUAGCCGCGAAAAAAAAUUACGGUUCUAUCGUUUUUGUUCUGCGGACGCCAAACCGAAAAUGUCGGGCGGCCGAUGCAAUCGCUAGAGACAUACAUAAUUAUUAAAGAAUAUAGCGAAUGUUCGUUUGAUUCGAUUCGGAAAGAUUCGGGGGUGUGCGGUUCGUGGGCGAAAUACCUACUGGCCAUUCUAAUAUGGCUACCCGAAUUGAAUUUCAAAGUGUGCGCCCCCUCUUCGAAUGUUUCGGUAAAUUUUUAAUAUUAUGUUUUACCGUUGUUUGUUUGUUUUUUUUUUUUUUUUGUGACGAAUACGUGUUAACCCGUGUGUGUAAUUUUUGUAUACACUAUAAAAUAUUGUUUGUAUUAGUGUUUCUUAAACUUUUUGAAAUUACCGAACGCCAAACAAUAUUUAUUUUUUUUUUCUAUGCUCCUAAAACCCCUAAAAUAUAAAAAUAUAAUAUUUUAUUUUAAAAACAUAUCUAACUUAUUUCGUUUACACGUAUCGGCGAUAAUAAAUUGUUAUACGCGCACACGUGACGGGACAACGGGAGAAAAGUUGUCUAGGGAAAAUCACUAACACUCGCUAAAAUUAACUAAACUCACUGCGCUCGCACAUGCGCUGUAUGUCGUUGCUAAUUUUGCUUUUUUCAUCGCCGUUAUCUACGUAUGGCCAAUUGUUGUGAAAUUGUAAUUAACUUUUUCCAGGCCCUUUCGGAACCCCUGCGAGUUAUUCGCGGAACACAGUUUAAGAAACACUGGUUUAUUAACACUGAAUUUUCGAUUCAUUUCAGUACGACGCGGGUUUUUUUUUUUUCUCUUAUUCUGUAGAAAGCGAGGAAAAUUUAUCGAUUUUACUCCAUAAUAAUAUGAUGCGCGAUGCGCUUUCGAUUUGUAAAUAAAAUAUGUACGACACCGUCCUCGUUAUCGUGAAUGCUCGAAAAUUUGAUACAAAAUCAUAAAGGUCGCGGGUAUUGUUCGUUGUUUAUUUUUUUUUAAAGCGUUCGAAUAAGUUUCCAAUUUUUACGAAACUCGUAAAUCGCACGGAAAUUGUUUUAUAACUUUACGCGUUUAUAUUUAACAAACAAAACGUUCGAACUCGAAAUCGUAUUCUGUUUGCGACGAUUUAUCGUUGUCUUCGGGACACGCACCUACAACAACUGCGCAGCGGUCUGUGUACCCGUGAGCAAUAUCAGUUUUUGUCUGUUUUUUUUUUUGUUCGCGGAGAACGAAACGUCUGCGUUUACCGUAUUGGUAAACGUAUAUGCGAUAACCGCAUUGACUGUUCCGGUACAACUAUAACGAGCGGCAUAGCAAAAUAACGACACGGCGUAACUUGGAGUUAAACAGUUUGACGCUUAGAUGGAAAUCCGAAGUCUAAACGCGUACCGGUAACAAAAUUUUAAGAAGAGAAUAUGUGCGAGGGCACGUUCGAUAUAAUACCUAUGUGUCCAGAGCCCCAGUGCCUAACGGGGGCGCCAACGAAAGUUUUCGAAUUCUACAAUGUUUUAUUUUAGGUUUUAGCGUGUUGAGCGUAAACAUUGUGACGGCUUUUAUUAUUUUUUUUUUUUUUUGCUUUUCGGUAAAUUUAUUUGGCACCGAACGCUGAAUCCGCUAGGUCACGGCACAUCGAGUACAUCCUUUUUCCUCUCUAUCUCACUCUCUCUCUCUCUCUCUCUCUCCAUCUCCAAAACACAACAAAAAGGCAAAAACGGCGGACGUGACCGUUUCGUGUACACCGAUUGUUUUAGAAAAACCGGAAAACAACGCAACGUGUUGCCGUCGAAAAUAUUCGUUUUCGAGCGCGUUUCGUGUAAACUUCUCGCCCGAUUUCGACAUGAACGCCACGAUUUCGAUAAUAAGUACAGGUUACGCAAUUCGUCUGCAAUAAUUCCAGCCCGGCCCGACACUGCGUGCUGUAUAAGUGCGCGGGUUCCUUCGUAAGUGGGUAAACGAUGUCCCGUGGCCGUUUGAACUUUUCAUUGCGAAUCGUUCAUUAACAAGUCGGACAAGCCGACGUUAUUAUAAUUAUUAUUAUUGUUAUUAUACACGACCAACAGUUGUUUAGCCCACGUGCAGUACGUUCUAAAAUGGUAAACCGCGUAUAUUACGGCGAUCUGGUUCACGGAUAAUAUAGGUCGUUUACCCCUCUAUAUUAUAUAUGGUUCGUCUCGUCGUAUAUACACACGAUUCCGAAAAAAAAAGUUUAAAAUAAAUAUAAAUAACGAUCGAGUGCCACCCACGAACGCGCGUGUGGAUAAAUUUUAACGGGAAAAAACGACGCGCGAUAAAAUUGGCCCCGCUAAAAUACAAUUUACCUCGGAUUUUUCGGCGGGUUUUUUUUUUUUUUUAAAAGUUUAAAUUAUUUUCCGGUCUAGUAACCGCGCGGUAUAACGCGUACGUUUGGCCGUCUCACAAACACGGAUGUGUGUUUCUCGUGUACGCGUAUCAAAUACACACACGAUUGUUCCGUUGUUUUAGCGCAGCCAUAGCUGCGAUAAUAAUUAUUGUACAUUAUCGAGAGAGAGAGAGGUCGAUAGCCGUUGCGGCUGCAAGUAUCCUUCGACGACGACUUUGUUCGUGACGAUCGAACAAACGAUUUUACAGAAAACGUGCCAGUCGAUUGUCUUUUGGAUAUGGGUAUGACCGCGGUCACGUUUUUUUUUUCCCCCCACGUUGUUCGGGUGUAAAUGUUCGGUCGAAAACCUUUUGUAUACAUAUUAUUUGUAUGUAUAUGUAUCCCCUUUCACUGGACGAAUUAUUUAUAAUCCAGACUUUCAGCUCUUAAAAUUCAUACAAAAAAAAAAAAACGGUUUAAAAGUUCCCCCGUCCAACAGCUCUAACUUAUUUAACACGAUUGUCUAAAACGGUGCGAAAAUGAUUAAUACACAGAGUAAUUGUUUUUUAUCAAUAGUACAACUUUGUUUUUAAAAAAAUUACUUUGUGUUUAUUAUUUUUGUAGUGUCAAUAAAUUUUAUGAAAUAAGUUAGAGCCAUUGGAGUGGAAACGUUUAAAUUCCCUGCCCUUUUUAAUUUAUAAAUAUUUUCAAGUGUUGUUUCUAUGUCCUUAAGCGUUUGUUUGUCGAUUUAGGUGUCAAAAGUCCCGAGUCCUGCACUUUUGCUUCAAAUUAUUAUUUCUUCGAUCUCGAUUUCGUUCGUGUUAUUUCCCCUCUCUGAUCCCAAACCGGAUAAAUGUUUUGUUGCGAUCCGUCUGCAGAUGGGGUGCGAUUUUAUGUUUGUCGGUAUUCACUCUCGAACACUUCUGUAUACGCACAGUUGACUUUAUUCGAAACGUUUAAAAUCACUUUUACGGCUAGCGAAAAUGCUACUUUAUACUACCAACCGGGAAAAAAAAUCGGGUUUUUCAUCUGAUUUCACUUUUAUUCGAAGCAUUUUCCAACAGUUCACAUACCCUAGGUCAUUUGUUUGUUGUUGUUUGAUUUUCUUUGAUUUCUGGGCAACGAGGGCAAAACACGAGUCGUGCUCUACGACUAUAAAAUAAUACACUACUCCGCUCAGAAUCGUUGUCUCAUUUGCAAUCGCCGCGUACAGUAUAAACGUAUGAACUAAAUUACCCUGUACGUCGUGUGUUACCUUCUCGAUAAACUACCCGCAUACAACACGCGAAUCGUGUGUAGUUUUGUAUUUAGUAUUUUUUUUUUUAUAACUGUCGACUACUAUCCGAAUAAACGGGCCCCGACAAUGGCGUGCAGAAUCCCGUUUGCCACGAUGAUUUCGAUGCAAUCUGCUAACCGUCUGUCGCGUAAUAAUAUAAUAAUAUCUCUCGGAGAGGGUCACUGCCGGACAUAUUACUAUUAUAACGCACACUCGAUUAAACAUCGCAGUAAUAACAUGACGUCACACGCGCGCACGUAAAAACAUUAUAAUAUUUGAAGACGGGACAAUGAUAUCGCGCGGUGUUAUUGUGUCGAAACGCAUGUUUACGACGAAUUUUUUUCCCCGCUUUUUAUUUAUUUUUUUUCUGUAAAAAAAAAAAAAAAAAACAAAAAAGACAGCACCGGAAAUAAUAUCGCGCGAGCGCUGGGCGUCUCUUGACCGCGCACGUUACUCGAGAUUAGCACCGCCGCCGCCGCCGCCGCGGUAUCAAUUCCGUCGCAUAUAUUGGCAGACCGGAGUUAUUUACGUGCCAAACUUUAUAUUUAUCCCGACUCGGAUUCACUGUCCGUUCUCCGGAAUUUUACACGCUGGAGAAGAGUGCGUUUGUUGUUUAUUUUUAUCGUCGUCGUGUUUGGGCUUUUGUCGCGCGCGGACGACAAAAUAAAACGCCCGCGUGCUAGCGGCUCGGCGCGAGAAUUCCGUCACCAGAGUGGAAUCGUCUCCACCGCCUAAUAUUUAUCGUACGCCAAUAGCUACGUGUUACAGACAUAAUGUUAUUUGCGCGAAGAGACGUGUGCAACGGAACACUGCUUAAUUCUGUAACAAUGCGACAAUUGUGUUGUAUAAAGGCAUGGGGAGACGGAUUGGUGAGCAACAGACUUUGGGCCGGGAGAUAAAAAUGUAUUCGGGUCACACGAUUAAAAAAAAAUACGGAUUUGCUCCGUACGACGGAGUGGGCCUCUGUUGUAGCUGAGAAGUUGGUGGGUUAUCAUGAUGUAUAGGGGAAUUUAAUGUGUACGCAACGAUUAAUCUGUACUAACGAAAAGCGAUUCUGAGCCGAGUUCGAUUAUAAGUAAUGCAAAUAAAAUGCCGUAAUAUUAACGAUUUUAGAAUAAUACAUUUCGUACGUUUUCCCGUUUUUCCCAUUUAUUGGGAAAAAAUCUGAGAAAACCGAAAAAAGUCAAAUUUGUUUUCAGAAAAAGUGCUACUUACGUUUGACAAUCGGAGCAAAAUAUCUGGUAGAAAAUUUGUCCUCAGAAAAAAUAAAAAAUAAACAUUGUAACAAAACCAAAUGUAUUCGUCGCUUCGCUCAGAAUCUAAAAAUGUAUUUACCUGCAAAUAAAAUUUAAUUCGCGUUUUAAUCAAAAACCAGUGGCGAAUCCGGAAUUUUGAAUUGAAGAGAAGUAAUUUCGUUUUUGUGCUUGAGGCAUAGCUCAAGAUAAGAUGGGAGAAAUGUUUCGACCCCCCUUUUCCCCGCGAAAAUAUAUAUUAAAACAUAUUGUACCGAAAUAAGAAUAUAAUAUGCGUCUCGUCAUGACCUUUUUACACAAACACCAGGCCAUCAGGUAAAUUUCCAUUCCCAUAAUGACCACUCUCCGCCUUUGACUAUGUAUACUAUAUGCUACAAUAAUAUUUAACUAUAUUUACAGGAAAAUAAAUAUCAUUAUAAAAAUGGUAGGGGGGAGGGGUUGAAAUUUAAAAUCCCCCUAUAACAGCACGUUGCUGAUACUUACGCCAUGCAUUAUACAAAAAGUCAUCCACCUGACUUUAUUUGAAGAGUCUGCAGUUAGAGUGUAUAAACUACAAAAAACACCCUGCAUCAGCAACAACGUGGUUAAAUUCAUACUGAAAUUCAAUCAAACUUUUAUCACUUUAAUCCGCUCUCAAAACAACGCCGAUUUCGGAGUUUAAGUUCAUCAUUCGAUCCAGAUGAAACCGCUAGAAAUGUUCAAAAGUAGCGGGAAAAAUACGUUAUACACUCGUACAUGCACUUAUAUGUGACAAUUUAUUAUAAAAGACACAAUAUACAGUAAAAUGGUCUCUUUUUUUCGUCGAAAAUUCGACAAAAACCGCAUUGUCGGCGCAACGGCGCCUGGGUUACCGCGGUUAGAAACAUAACAAAACGCCUCGUACAUCAAAUUUUUCGACGAGACGGAUUUUUUCUUCAAGAUAAAUAAUACAAAAACUUAUUGAGAAAACUGCUGCAAGAGAAAUGAAUAAAAUCAUCUCCUCGAUACUAGACGAAAUUCGCUUUCGGAAAUGACGUUUGAAAAAGUUACUGUAGGCAGAUAGUAAGUUGUUAAUAAACGGGUAGAGAAUAAAUAAAAUUUAAAUUUGAAUAAAAACGUACGCACGGUUUCCACUACGGGAAACCGUAUCAGAUUACGCGAAAAAAUAUCCAGAGUAAUAAGAUAUCCGAAUUGAACGAUUAAUCAAAAUGCACACGCUUUUCGACAAAAACCUAGGCUAGGCCCCCGGAGCCUCGGUAGUGGCCCGGGGGCCGUGCUCCGCCGCCACCCUCAAAAUCCGACCCCGGAUGUAUCGCGUGUAGUGGUGGAGGGGGUGGGGGAGGCGGUACGUUUAUUCGUCCUGAAAGAAAAUCCGAAAUCAAUUUCAAAUACAUAUAUAUAUACCUAUCUACGUAUAACGGCUGUCACCGGGAGCGGUAUAGAUCACCGCCGGCCCCGUUAUACUACGCGCGGAUAUCGUUCAAUCCAACGUAAUAUUAUUGUUUCUGUUCGAGGAAUACCGGGGAGGGGGGGGGGGUGCUAGGCGGAGUAAAACGAUAUUUCGAGUAGAUUUUUUUUUUUUUUUUUUGUCGUCGGUCGUCGCGAAAACAAAAAAAAAAAAAAAGAAGAACAGUAAAUAUAAACUCGACUAUAAAGUGGGUUACCGCUACUAUACACCGCGCGUCUCGAGACUCGGUUUUCGCGAUAUACCCGCGCGUAUAUAUUUCCGCACAUUAAUAAUGAUGAUAAUAAUAAUAAUAAUAAUAAUAAUAAUAAUAAUAAUAAUAUUAUUUGCGGUACACACGAUCAGCAAGCAGUAGUGUAGCAGCGUGUGUCGUGUUGUGUACCGCUGCGGUCGUAUUGCGGAUCGAACACGACGGCCGCGUCCGUAUAGUUUCCAUAUGGAGUGUGCCUCAUAUUUCAUUGUACACGUUAUGGCUGGAUAUCUGGUCGUACGGGGGUAGUAACGGCGACGGUGCAGUGACGGUGCAGCGCGGUGUAGUAUAGCGUACCGUUUCUCCGCGUGACAGAAUUACAUUCGGAGCCAAAGUUUAUAUAUUAUUAUUAUUAUCAUCAUCGUGUGUUCCUAUACACUUAAUAAUCUAUAUGUGCCGGCGUGCCUAACUGUACGUAUAUCUACGUCUGUAAACGGGCGUACGUAUCGCGGUAAUAUAUUAUUGUGCAUGUGCAAAAUGUCAACCGUUCGCGUACACCGUGUUGUGGGUAUACCCGGUCCGUGUACAAUUUAUACAGGGCGGUCGGCACAGCGUGUAAGACGCUCGUUGGGCUACCUCCCGCAAAGUAUACCGCGUACACGCGGCCGUUCGGAUUUCGUUUAUUGGAACGUUCGGAUACGUGUGUACGGGUGUGCGAUAGCACUGAAACGGUACGUCGCGGUUUGUUUUUCGUGUUCCGCGGGGAUGAAACCGCUUUUCCGGUUUUCGGUACUGGAUAUUCGUUUGGUAUAACGCGUUUCUGCGUUCGAAUUUCCGAUUUCCCGUCGGCGAGACGUCGUUCCACUUUCAGGUUAGGUAGGUAGGUGGGGAGAGUGGCGGGACAUUAUUGAAACAUUUGAAACGCUGCGCGCCACCACCACCGUGGGUCGAUGGAAAUUAUACGAUUUCAACGCCGAAAUUGAUUCGAGCACUCGGUCUUUUCGCGCAAUUUUAAAUAUAGGACAUAGGUGUCCGUUUGAAAAUCAAAAGUAGGUCGCGGAGGUUUCAUCCCCUAAAAUAUGGGUGACGAAAAAAUAAAAGUAACGUAACAAAAUCCGAAUUUUUUUUUAAUAAAUAUGUUGAGUGCCUUACGCUAUGUCGAUCGCCCUGUAUAUAAAUUAUCCCUAUGUUUGUAUGCGUGUGUGUGUUUAAGUGAAUCGUGCGUCGUGAGGUUUGAUUGUUCCCCAUUAUUGUGGUUCGGUAAACAACUUCAAAUCAUAUACACGACAAAAUACUUAUACUUACCGGAUUAUCGCGGAUGAAACUAUAGUAUUUUUGUAUUUCUGUAGAUAUGUGUAUCGAACUCUAUUCUCCGUUUACAGCCGUGCAUAAUACUUUCAGAAAAGACAAAAGAAAAAACGAAAUGGCGUCGUUUUGGCAUACAAAUUGUAGGAGAGGGAAAUUGAAACCCCCAGAAAGCACAUAUAUCCUUGACAUUAACGCGAGAUACAUGGACAAAAUUGUAUCCACUCUUAGCGUCGUUUGGGAGCAUCAUUUGUGUAGAGGCAUUCAAAACAAUUCCAUAACGAUUGCAAAAAAAAAAAAAAAAAUCAGAAACGAAAUUUACCUAAAACCCUUCGAGAAAAUCGCGUUGUGUAUAAUUUAUCAGAGAUCAGACACAAUUCGUACGGCGGUUCAAUAACGUAUACAGUCGAAAAUGAUGAAUAUACGGCCGCCUCUAAGUGAUACCGGACCAACUGAGAUUUUCGAUGGCCGAGAAAGCGACGUCGCUUUUCGGUCAGAAUUAAAAGCGCCUUAAAAAAAAAAAAAAAACUAUAGUUAUUUCUCGUGCUUAACAUCGCGUUAUAACCAUAGGCUUGCGCAGACCUUAACGGCAGUGAGAGGGGGGUGGUGAGAGAGCAAAAAUUGUGUGUUAAGCACGCUUAGCGAAUACACCCUGUAUAUAUAAAUACAUAAUUUUUUUUUUUUUUUAUUUUUAAAUUCCUCGUUCACUCGAAACAGUACGCGCAUACCGCCGACGUCGGAUGUAAAACAAUGCACGCGCGGGCGGCCCUUUUUUCCCACUCGGGGACGCGUUUUGGAAAAACACAACUGCGGUGUGCCCAUUGUGUGUGUGUGUGUGGCGAGGGAAAAAAAACGCCGUGAAAUUUCGCAACAAUAACGGCUCUAUCGUGCGCGAGCAGACGCCGCAGUAUACGAAAAUACGGGGGAGAUGGGACCGGGAGCGUUCCGGCGCCGACCGUCUCGCGGGGAGAUUUCCCGCCAAACGCGUUUCGCCGUCCGCAACAACAUAUUGUUUUGUCACCGUCGUCGUUAUGAUUACCGUUGUUGUUGUUUGUUCCGCUCGUCGUAGGCGCUCGGCGUACGGUACACCCUGUACACCCGUGUAUUACACGCCCGUGCGCGUCGCGGAACCCCUCUGUACACGCGCGGUUUCCUUGGGCGACGCGGUUACCGAUGGCAGCGGCCGCAACAGUCCGGUGGCUAUGCGCUCGCCUGAUAAUCUCCGUUUUAUUUUCGAACGCCGGUCUGCGGUGCGGUACACCGAGUGUACAGGACGCACCGGGGCAGGCAGACGUCCGACACCGCGACGACGAUAACGGCCCGAGAACGUGAUUCCCGCACAAUAUGUCAAUGUUAUACGCGGACCGAGCAUUGCCGAAGCGGUUACGCGUGUGUAAUUGAGGUGCGGUAUCGGCCGUGGACGAAUGUGGCGCCGGCCGCCCGGCGCCCGCCGAAAUCGAAAAUUCGAGAAAUAAUGUAAUUGAAAGCGAUCGCAAAUCGGAUUGAUAAGAACGUUGUUCACCGUAAACCACAGUGUCCGUAACUGUAGCGGUAACUGCUUCGCUCGCGGUACGCCGCGUGUAACAGCCACGGGAACAACACGUUCUGUCGGUGUGCCCGUACAAUAUUAUUAUUAUUGCCUUUGGAUUUUCGCGGUCGCGGUUAAAUUUUUAAUAUUGAACAGCGUAAAUGCCGCUACGCAAAUAUUACCGUCAUUGUAUUAUCCGUGUUUGAGAGAUUGCAAUCGUUUUAAAUUUGUUCGGUUUUGUUUUCGAUUUCGGGCCGUAAUCGCAAAUGGCCCGUAAAGCGGUUAUUUUUGCCGCGAACUGUCGAAAUUCUCACUCGGGCCGGCUCUGACAAAACCGCUUUAGGGACAUUAUAAGACGUUCGCUCCGCGACGAUGUUGCGAUGUUAAUACGAUCUUAAGACGCGCGGUAUUGUCAACGGUCCAUUUAGCCAUUUACAGUGCUUGUUUUCUUAUCUCGGUAAACGAAAAACGCGCGGUUCCCGUCGGUUCUUGUUGCCGACGGACGAACGUUGUCGAUGCGCCUCGUUUCCGUCGGGGAGGACGGAGGUGGGGGGGGGUGUCCGUCAUUCGAGGGAUUCAGACUACAUGUAUGCACUCCGGCGGCCCUAUAUUUUGAAAAUAUCAUCUCUUGGCCCGUAAAAAAUGUCAUGGUCGGAAGUGAGACGCCGGGGGGGGGAUUUUUACCGCUGUCACGGAAACCGUCGUCGUCGCGUGUAGUGAACCGGGGCGUAGUGACGAGUCGAGCAAACGCGACCGCGGCCCCGGUCUAGUAUCCGCGACGUCGACAAGCCUUUGAAUAACAUUCACUAGCCUUUGACUAGCAUUCGAAUAUCGAAAUGUGAACCGCGAACACGCGUGUGUGCGAACGGAGCGGACAGCCGGUCCGAUUCGGAACGCCCGCGUCUCCCCGUUGAAAUGCCGAAACGUCGCCGCCGGUCACCGUUCCGGCGGCUGUGUGCACGCCGCCGCCGCGUUUCCGAACGAGGCCGGCUGCCGUUUUACCUACACACCACCGCACAGUAAUGUGCCGGCGCGUCGUCUGUCCCGCCGCAUCGCCGGGCCCCCGUCGACAAUAACACGCGGCCAGACGCAGUCGCCUUGGCAACGCCCCUGCCGUACGGGCGGCUAUUCAACAGGAUGGCGGCGAUGCCCUCCCUACCUUUGACCCUGAAAAUCACGCGGAACACGUCAGCUGUUCCCGAAAGCGGGGUCCCGACCGACACGCGUCUCUUUCCCGUAUUGCGUUAUCGUUACGUCGCGUUACGUUGCAGCGACAGUUGGCGUCCGCGUUGCACCGCCGCAUUGUUGUGUGUCCGCGUCCGCGCGUUAACAGUCGUAGUUGCGGUAAUCGAACGUUUUUUUUUUUUUUUUCAUGUUUACAGAAUUUUCGACUCCUGCCAUGGACAUUGGCGACGGGACGAUUGCCGCUCCCGACGAGGAACCGCGGAAGGUCGCGGCGCUGCACCUGAACGUCGAGGAAACCGACCGGGUCGGCGGCGGCGGCGGCGGCGGUUGCGGCGGCAGCGACAGCGGCGUGGACGUGACGCCCGCCGUCUCUUGCGACUCCAGCCUGGCGUCGGGCUGUUACGACCCGUGCAAGAGUCCUCUGGGCCCGUUUAGCCCGACCGCGGAAACCGGCUGCGGCGGAGCGGGCCCGUCGUCGCUGCCGUGCUAUCCGGUCUCGAUGGCCUCCUACUCGAGACCGUCCACGCCGACCUGGCGCAGAACGGCGGCGGUGACGGCGGCGGACCGUCCGCCGAAAUUGCCCGGCCACAACUACGGCACGAUGUCGUCGUCUUUCCAUUUCGAAACGAACUGCCGGAACAGUCCGCCGAGGACGGCGGAACCGUGCAAAAGAACCGAUCUGAACACGGUGGCCAAACAGUCGAAAAUCUCCACAGUGAAAAAGCUGGUGAGCACGUACGACACGGCCAAAACGGCGGACAGAUUCAACACUUUGCCGCGGCGCAAAAGAAAGUCCAAGGAGAAUCUCGCGACGAACGGUAGCCCCAGCGCCGCCACCGCCAACAGCAAUAACACCGCCGCUGCUGCCGCCACUAUGACGCCGCCCAGGGAACCCAGUCUGAACCGGGCGGCCAGUCUGAGGCGGAAGCACAUCGAACAGGGCGCUCUCGCUCAUAACGCCGCGGCUGCGGCUAAUAAUCCGCCGCCGUCGUCGUCGUCGUCGUCGUCGUCUUCUUCGCUGCUUUCGUCUGUCAAACACGCGCUUCCCAAGGCCGCCAGGUCGCCGGUGGCCGUCAAGACAAAGAUUUACCACGAAAUAUGUUCGCAAACGUGCCUGACCGGCGAGGACAUAGUUAAAGUGCUGUCUGGCAACUUGUUACCUCCGGUCGAAAUAAACAGGGUAGAAAUUAAUGAUGCCGAAGUACAGGUUAGUGGGCUUGAUUAUUUUGUUCGUUGUGCGCACGAUUUACUAAUGAUUUGUUUUGAAUUUACGCGCCAGGUGGAUUUAGUAGAGAAAAGGAUCAACGCGCUUGAGACUGAGCUUAAGGAAAAGACUGAACAAUUAGAUUUUAAAACAAAAGAGUUUAACGAACAACAAGAGUGCCUUAAACAAUUUCAAGAACGACUGAAUCACGAAAAUCUGGACACUUGUAGACAACUCGAUGCUUAUAGUUUGCGACUUUGCAAUCUUUUUCAUAUAAAUGGUAAUAUUACCAUCAUCAAUGAUUUUUUUUAAAUCGUAAUAUUUUAAUAUAUUUUUUUACAGAUUGUUUGGACCCGUCUCCUACAAAUAUCUUAGAAAUAUUAAAGAAACAAGUUACGUCCACUUCCACAAAAAUAAAUGAACAACAAAAAGAAAUCAGCCAUCUAAACAAUUUAUGUACUUCUUUGCAUAAGGUAUGUCGUAUAGAUCAUAAUAUCUUUGUAAUUUUAUCUUAUCUAUUUUUUUUUUUUCAAAGGAUCUAGAAAAAAGUUAUGCUGCUCAAAAAUCCCUUCUGCAAGCCAAUCAAGCGUCCGAAAUGGAGUCUACAGAAAUACAAGAUUUUUUGCAAGCCGAAAAGGCUAUGCUAUCCGACACAAUCAAAGAACUAGAAAAAGAAGUAAGCUUAUUUCUAUAAAAUUAUUAAAAUUAAUGUAACAUUUUUUUUUUUAUUAUUAUUAUUAUUAUUUUUUAAUAAAUUUCCCUAAUAAAAAAUAUUGUUGUCCCGUAAAAGGUUAAAGAUUACAAACAACGGUUGGCUGCAAAAGAAAAAGAGGCUUCCAAAACCAUGGAGCAGUGUACACAUUUGGUGCGAAUAUCUGAACAACGGAGACAAGAGAACAUGUCGCUACAAGCAAAACUGCGGGUGAUGGAAAUUAAAAGUAGGGAACUGUUACAGCAACAAGACGCAACUGUAUCGAGUGCGGUCGUUGGUCUUUCGGGAUUAGGAAACCGUCUCGAUUCACUGUUGGAGAGACUCGUCAAGUCUUAUUCUAUUUCGGAAGGCGAUAUCGAAGUGUGUAUUUCAAUAUUUUUAUUUUGUCAUCGUUUUAAAUAAUCAUUUCAUAUUUUGAAAAAUUGUAAUUUGUUCGUCUAGGAUGAGGUGUACUUCAACGAAGCGUAUACAAACGGAGACAGUGGCAGUGAUUCCGAACAACUUAAUGGUCCGUCAAAUAAGUCAGAUCCCAAAAGCUUAAUGUCAGCUAUUGUGUCUGCUAUUAAAUCAGCACCAACCAAUUGGCACAAAGGGAAAUUUGAUAAAAAACAUUCAGGUGUGUAUCAAAUGUCAUACUUAUUAGUUAUCAUUAGUUAUAAUUCCAAUUUUAAUAUUAUCAUCUUUUCCGUAUUGUUCAGCCAACACGAAUUCACAAGAGUUUCCGUAUUCACCGAAACCGCCUUGUUCGCCUAAGAAACGUCUACAAGCAUCGGAGUCCAUGCGAGAAUUGCAGAGAACCUACACUCCUGUUUGCAAAAGAAACGGUUCAACUGGUGAUUUGUUAUCGCAAUCAGAUUCCUUAGACGGUAUAUUUGUAUUAUUGUAAUUUUAGUUUAGAGUAACACAAGUUAUUGUUGUUAUGUUUAUUUUCUGGUAGAAACCAUUGGUUAAUUUAUUGAUUAUAUUGCUUCUGAAUUUUAGAUUAUAGUGAUUUACAAUCGGCCGAAAGCGAAUCUUUGAAUAACCUGUCGGAGGCUAUAGUCGCCCGACAGCAAUUAGAACUCACCAUGAACAGUACCAGCCCCGGGAACGUUGAUUUUGAAUUUCUGGAAGACUUCCGAGCACCUGACGCUGAUCUCGUAGACCAGGUGAUAGACUUGGACAAUACGGUCACCAAAUUGCUAAAAGUCAUCACAAUCGUGCAGACAAACGGCAAAGAACAACCGCUUAAUCAAGAAAGGUAUUUGGUGGACAUUAUGUGUAACUUUUAAGAAACUAUUUUUCCAUAGAUUUUUAAGUAAUAAUUGUAUUUAUUUUCUUUUUGUAGACAUGAAAUCAAAUACACAAACUGUGUAAACGGAAAAAGCAGACAGUGCUCGUCGCAGUCCCAACUGAUACACGACAACGAUGACUCGGCUUAUAAACGACCAACAUUAGUGCCCAUGCAAGAACUGAACACAAGCUCACCAAAAGCUUUGAACGGAAUUAUGUGA